UAAGAUUAAUGGAAAUGGAAGAGUGGUGUGAAAGUAGUUGCAUAUAAUUAUAAUAGUAUAGUAUAGUAUAACCUUUCUAUAAAAACCUUUCUAUCUUAUAAUAAUUUUUUGAAAAUAUUAUAUACAAAUAAAAGACAAACAAUAUAAUUUUAUUUUAACAAUUUUUAUUGUAUUCUGUAAAUUUUAAGGUAAACGAUUUUAUACACAUCAUACAAAAUAAUAUUACAUUAUAUUGUAAUAAAAUUAAAAAUAAACAUUUAAAAUUUUAGUAUUUAUUAUUUAGUACCCAUGUGCACUCUGUAGUGGUUCCCGAAUUGUGCUGCCUUCUUGAUAUAAUAAUAAUUAUGUAUGGAUUAUAUAUAAUACCUACAAUAUAAUAAUAGUUAUACUAUUUAUAAUAAAUAAAUUAUAUGGGUAAUAUAAAUAUUAGUUUAUUUUAAUAUUUUAUUUAUGUAAUAAAAAAUUGUAUUAUGUUUAUUUAAUAAAAAAAUCUAAUUAAAGGAUGAAAAAAAGGUGAUCAGCUAACUGGGGGAUGGUGGUGGCGCCAGAAUUUGUAUUAUUAUAACUAUCUGUGUGGGCCAAACUGGAGCCAUUGAUUAAUAUAGGGAGAACGAGUGACGUAAUAAGAAUCACGUUACCUAUUGCCUAUCAGGUAGGUGUUUACUAUAAAUAUAGGUUAACAAAAAAAGAAGACAGACAUACUUCGUACGAUAGGUGAGCCACUGUAAUAGGUAAAAAGUUGGAAAGGUAGAACAUUGAGAGGAAUUUAAUAUUUAUCUGUACGUAAAGAUUAAUCUUUCCUAACAGAAAACAAUUCUGAGUGGAAAGUUCAUAUUUAAAAGGCCAUAAUAUUUAUGAUAUUUGGUAAAAUUUGAUCUUAAAAUUCUUAAAAAAAAAAAAAUAUUUCAGAUUAAACUCAACUUUUUCUUGUUGGCUACUAUAUGUGCACCUCCUGUUAAAUCUUUAAAUAUUUCUGUUUUGGCUUAACAAUUUUAUCCAUAGAGUACUUAUUAUUACGAAAAUAACUCACAAAAUUAAAAUGUUUAUAAAAAGCUUAAAAAUGGAUCUAAUGUUUGAAAAAUGUACCAUGUCUAUAAAAGACAAAUAUAUGGUUCUUGUAAAACUGUCAAGUUUCAGCUAAUAUUUUUCACUGAAUAACAACAAAAAACAAAAUUGAAAAUACCUAUUAAAAGCAUUAUUUUCGUAAAUUACCUCAACGUUUCUACAUUUUUUUCCUAGUUUUUUACAAUUAUUAUGAAAACUGCACAGAGAAUAAAAAAAAUAACCUCUGUAAAAUACCACCCUAGGAAAAUUUCACUUCAGAAAAGAUGCAACACUAGAAAAUCGGAGAAUGAUUUUUGGUAGAAUUAUUUACAAAGUAUUAAAAAUCAAAAAUAAACAUCAUUGUAAAACCAAUACUCGUUCUAUUUACAAUCUUUAAGUUAUACUUUAUAACUACAUUGUUUGUAUGCAAUAAAAAUUAGUUAAAUUAUUGAGCACUAGACAGCUGUUAUUUCGUUUUAGAAUAAUAUAUUGGUUUAACAUCUCCAGUUAUAAAGUGAUAAAUUGAAUAAAAUAUACUUAUUACAAUUAAUUAAUGUUUAUAUUUAUACAAUAUUAGUAACAAUAGAUGUUUUAUAUUUGAAAAUUCAUUGAGUUUUUAAAUCACCCAAUUGAAAAAGUCCUUUUAGGUUUAGAGCUUAGCAAGGAAUGCAAAAGAAAUCCAUAGUGAAUUGUGAGAAAGUCAUCUUUUGAUUUUCAAAAUACUUGGAUAAAACCGGAAUCGACAAAUGUAUUUGACAUACUACGGCAUUACCGAUCUUAUUCCUUUUUUUUUUGUAAACCAUUUUUUUACUCGAAAUAUUACUGUAAUAAAAAAAUGACAAGAUAUCUUUUUUGUUGCAUUUUUAAUCUGGUCAAUGUUCAAAAAAAUUGGUUUUUAAUAUUUUUUUAAUAAUUGAUCAAAACCAAAAAAAGUAUAAAGAAUGGAACAAUGUACAAUGUUGCUUUUAUUAUUUUUUCAAUUUGGUUAUUAGUUGUAAUUCAGUUAAAAAUAUACGUAGAGACUUGAAAUUUAGACAGAAACUUAUAUUUACCUUUAAUAAAAUUUUCUAAAAUUCAAGCCAUUUUUGAACUUAUUAUAGACAUUUUAAUUGUGCGAGUUUUAUACGUAAUUAUUUGUUAUGUCAAAUAACUCUAUAUUGUUAUUUUUAAAGAAUGUUUCUCGUAGUUUAAUGGUUAUAUGGUUAUAUAUACCGAUUGUCAUCCUAUUGGGAUCGCGAGUUCAAACCUGAGUUUUUUCGCUCUUUAAACUAAACAAGGAAUAAAUAAAUACAUUUUGGGUGUACCUAGAGACCAAGCCAUCGUUCACUCGGACUAUUUUAAUCGCGAAAUACUCGUCAAUUUAUUGUGCAAACUUUUAUACCAGAAAUCUUGCCCCAAUGCAUCAAGUGUAGCUUAUUUUCUUUAAGGAAAUUUUAUCUACAUGGUAUUCUAAGCGGGUCAUUUUUUUGAUUUUUCAAGCGGUUUUCAUAAUAUCUGGAAAAGACCUGGAUAAAAUAUCGGAAAAAUGGAAAAUGUACGAAAUGUAGGUAUUAGUUUAAAAAUAUUACGGCCUUCUUUUUUCCCGUGAACAAAUUUUCUACCAGCAAUUUUGCUCUGAUUCACAAUGAAAGUAUUUUUUCUAAAAGGAAAUUUAACUGUGAAGAUACUUUAAAAAGUUCAGUUUUUGAUUUUUUGGGAAGUUUUCAUUGGUAAAACCAAGGAAAAGCGGGAAAAUAGAUCCAAUAUAAACAAAUAUUGUCGAAGGAAAUAUAUAAUUAUUUUGCCAUAAUAUAACAUACAUGUUGUCGACAAAGCAACACUAUCAGCUGAACUCCGCUCAGAAUCAUUUUUUCGUUAGCAAUGGUUUACAUAAACUCGUUUCUUAUACAGAUAUACAUUAAAUUUCCUUCUGUAUCCUACCUUCCCAAAUUGCCACCCACAACAGUGGAUGCACCUGUGUGUGAUGUCGGUCUUUUUUUUUCAUUCAAUAUUAGCAUGGACAAAGCUGUGAUGGACAGAUAGUAAUAAUUAUAAAUUAAGUAGAUUGUUAGAUUAAAAUUAUUUGAAAAAAUAACAUUGAAAAUUUGUAUGAUUGAACUAUUGGUACUAUAAUGUACUAUUGGAAGUGGAUAAGAAAUUGUAUCUGAUAGCUUCGAAUGGAGGCCGUGUGGAGUUUUGAAGAUUAACAAAAAACUAAAAAUGUGUUUAUAUGAUAUUCAAUAAUAAUAAGUUAUCCUUAUAAUUAAUAUUAAACAUCGUGUUUUUUUGUCAUGGAAAUUGAUAUAGUCUAGUGUCUACACUACUGACACUACGUAUAUUUUUUUAACUAAUUUGAGUCAAAAUUACUUACACCAUCCUAAACCUGUAAAAUAUAUCGGUAUUAAUAACUAUAUUUACUAUGUUAAUAUCAGUAGAGGAUUUUUAACAUUUUUCUGGAAGAGGUCCUGAAAAAUCAUAUGUUUAAAAUGUAUCUAUGUAAGUUCUUCUUUUUGUAUGACAUUUCAUUAAAAUUAUGUCGGGAUCUACCACUGGUCAAUAUAAAGCAUAUAAGGUUAUGUAAGUCUUUCGCUAUAUCAUAAAUCGCAGUUAUAACUAGACGAUGGUGCACACUUGUAAAUCAUAAUUGUAUACAAUCAGUGUAUAUUUCUGAAAUUUACUGAUUAAUUAUCCUAAUUUUUAUGUCUAAUACUAAAUUUUAUUGAAAAUAAUUAAAUUCAAACUUCAAGCUUUAAUUAAAGCGGUUUUUGAUCGUAGGUGUGUAUUUUGUAAUAAAAAGUUGAAUAAAUUCAGUGAGAAAUUAUACAGGUGAUCAACAUAACGUGAGACACUAGUUAUCCCCUCGGAAAGACGGAAACUAUUCACGUUUUUCGAAAUUUCUUUUUUAGAUCAUUUAAAAAAUAAGUAGUUCUAUAAUGCUCUAUAAUUCUUUUUACUCUGAAUCGUUGACAUGUGUUACUCUCAUGGUUGUACAUACAUCCAUUAAAAACAUGUUUUUACAUAAAAAUCCGUGCUUUAGUAAUUAUAUAUAUACAUCAAUAAACGUGAAGAUAAUAGUUCGUUUCUAAGUGUCUAUGCGAGUACAGAAGGUCUAAAAUUGGAAGAAAUAAAAAAUUCCAAAACGCAUUUAAAUAUGCGUGGUUAAAAGACCUAAUAAAAAUAUAUUUUGAACGUAUAAUAUUAUAAUAUCUAUUGUAAAUUUAGAGAUUGUCUUAUUAAAUGUCAAAAACAAUGUACCGAAUGUUUUCUAUAAAGUAGUUGACGAAGAUUUGUUCGAUGUAUAAUAUACAUAAACGAGUGAAUGGUUGAUAUUAAAAAAGGUCUACCCUCUGUAGUAUACGAAAAAACUAUUUAUGUCAUUUACAUACCUAUUUGAAUCUUUGUAACUUAUUUUAAUAUUGAUAAAUUCAAUAACCGAAUUACAUAUUAUGACUGAUAACUUACAUUGAACAAUUUUAAUACUAGGUGGAUUAUAAAAAGACCUUGAUGCUUUCAUUGAAUUAGAUUAUCGUAAUCUAAUUUAAAAACACAAUAGAAUUGACAUAAUAUCCAUUGAUUCACCGAUCGAAAAAAAAAAACACUAAAAAAAUAAUUUUUAGUUAGUCUAUCUCUACUUACUUUAUAAAGACUUAUUCCAUAACUUCGGAAUUCGUUACGCUAGAUAAUUAAAAGAAAAAAUAUAACGUAAUAUUAAUAUCGGAAGGAUAUAUAUAUACUAAUAGUUAAAAUACAUUAUUUAUUUAUGUAUAAUAUAACAGGCUUGCAUCCAGACAUCAAAAUAACUACAAGUUAUUCAAAUUACAUUAAAUUAUAAGAAAAAUUACAAGUUAGGCAUAAAAUAUAUAUUUGGUCUGCGGUCAGCUAAAAUUACUAAAUUAGGAUUACGGAGGAUAGGGUCAUAGAUACGCAGAGGGUGAUAAAUUUUGAGCAGGAAAACUGUAUGCUCAAGAAAUUUGCGUUAAAUUCGUUAUAAUUGCCUACAGGCGACGGCAGUAUGCUUAAAACUACACUGGAAAUAAAUAUGAUAUAUUUAUUCAAUUUUAUCUAAGCCGUAUUUAAGCACAAACUUCUAUUAAUUAAUAAAAGUUGACAAUUGGCCAUUCAUAUUAUAUAUAGUUUUAUUACUACCUACAAUUUUAGAUACGGAGCGUAGCGAGGAAUCUAUUGGUUUUACGAUAAUGUGUGUAUUUUUUCUGUCUGUAAACAACUUUUCGAAAAAAAAACCCCGAUGUAUAAAGCGUAGUAUCUUUUCUGAAUAUCAAAAAUUAGCCUGCUAAAAGUACCAACAAGACAACAUUUAUUUUCAGUAAAGAUUGGUACUUGAUACAUUGGAGCAAGAUUUCUAGUAGGUAUAAUUGUUGUACACAGUAUAAAAAAAUAAAAGUAAAAUUAACAUUAUUGUUAAAUCAAUAUAUUUUUCGCUAAGCUCCGAAUCUAAAUACAAGACAUUAUGAAAAUGAUAUAAUUACUGUUUAUGUUUAAAAUUCUACUAGAAUGAGGAAAAUACUAAGUAAUAAUUAUAAGUUAUGCCGAGAUAGAUAUUAUAUUCUUAUUUCAUUAUUAAAUUAAAUUUAAUAAAUUUUCGUUUAUACUAUUACACUGAAAUGCAUAUUGUAAAUAUGCAAUACUUUUGUAAAUCUGAUGGUGGGAUUGAAACUUCCACUUUAUCCACUCAUAUCUUUACCGACGUCUCAAGCAAAAACCUCCAAUCCAAAACCCUAACUAUCCUGGUAAACAGAUACAUUGUUCUAUAUAUUUACGAAACGCAAAUACUUUGUACGGGGAUCUAGGACGUUCCGGCCCUGCAAGAUAUUCGGCACUGACGAUUCGGCAAUACGACAAUGAUAUUAUUUAUUUUUUAUUAUUUUAUAUACGUGUACUCGUAUUAUUACUAUACAUUUUUUUUAUACCUAUUAAUAGUGAAAAAAAAAUUAAUACAUUAUAAGAGCAAGUUAUAUAAUAUAAAUAGCUGUAACCCGCCCGACAUUUUUCGUGUCAUUUUUUAAUUAUUUCCACCUUUAUUCCCGUUUUGCUUAGUAUAUUAGACGGAUAAAAAAUAGCUGAAAAAUAGUGUUUGGUUAAUAAACAAACAUACAAACAAAUUUUUUUUUUUAUAUGUAGUAAUAAGAUAAAUAUUACAGUGAUUUUAUAUAUUAUUUUUAUUAAUAUUAUACUAUAAAUAUUUAUUAUAUCUAUAAUACGUCUUAAUAAAAAUUAAACAUAAUGUUCUUAUGUUAUAAUUAAGCAUAAUAUUUAUAGUAUAUAGUAACCAAUUAAAUUUCCUUCAAAAUAAUUUUACAAAAAUAUAUUUUAAAUAUUUUAAAUAAUUACCUCAUCUGAAGUGAGAUUUUCUGUAAGAUAUUAACCAAAAUAUUAUUUUAAAACUUAAGCACAAAUUAUAGUAAGUAUUCAUAAUAGUUAAUGGAAUAAGAAUUUAUUAUCAAAACACUUAAAACUAUGGGUAAAUAUUUUUAUAAAAAAUAAAUUGUAUUCUUACUUAGCACUAAAUAAUGUCUAGAAAUUAUAAAAAAUGAAUGGUUCCAUUAAAAACCUCAAGAUUAAAUUUGAAUUGAACAAGUUCCAAAUUAAUGUUUAGUAAUAAACUAAUAAAUAAUAAUCUAUGAAUAUAUUUAUUUACUUUAUUUAUUUAUGAUUAUUAACCAUUUUAGUAUUUUUGUUUUUACUUUAUUAUUUUAUUAUUGAAUAUAUUUAAUAUGUAUGUUAAGUUUACAUAUUAUUAUGAUUAAUUUCACAUAAGUUUGUUUUAUUUAGUGAAAAAAUGGCAGUUCAUUAUAUUGGUACUUAAGCCAAUUAUAUAAUUGGGAAUGUGUAAUUUUUACGUGAAGAUCAAUAUAAUUUUAGGCUUGCGAAAUGAGAGAAAAUAGACUAAUAUGGUUUGGGCAUAUCGCGGGGAAAAAAUAUCUAAAGCUAUAAGAAUUGGAUUAGAAAUAAAUAUAGAUGGAAAAAAGUGAAGAGGAAAACUGAAAAAGAGGGGUUGUUGAGGGGUUGUUGAUGCUAUUGAGAAUGAUAAUAUUAUGUGGACAGCUGGUGUAUGUAAAGUGAAAGUGAUCAUGUCAAAUAAAGUUUAGAAUGAAAGUGGCCAAUCCCAAAUAGAUUGUAUGAAGGCAAAGAAAAAGAAGACUAGUCAAAAAAAAAAUUAAAAAUUAUGCAACUAUUUACGGUAUUUAAAAAUUAGUAGAUUCUUACUGUUUUAUGUUUUCACAAAAUUGGUAUGUUGAUCCAUAUAGAUUAUUUUCUACAAAAAAUAAAUAUUUUGUGUAUUUCAAAAUAUUUGUUUUUAAAAUGUAUAUAUAUUUAAUUUCACUUGGCGGAUGUUUGGAUAGAUGUCAGGUUUAUAUCAUGUAUUUAGAAUAAGGUACUGGUGAUUGUGAUCAUGAUCAUAGGUGAAUCUAGGAAUUCAUCACAGGGUGUUCUUUAACCUAAAUUGGGCCCUCUGUAGUUAAAAAAAAUUCUUAAUCAUCAUAAAUUGUAGAGAUAUUUCUCGUUUAAAAUAACAAUAUGUAUAAUAUUUAAGAUAAUAUAUCUCCGUAACAUCUUAGAACCAGGUAAGUUGCGCCUUAUAUAUCUAGGUUUGGUAGAAUCAAUUAUCUCUUAUGGUAUAGUUGGAUGGGGUGGUGCUAAUCAUUGAUAUUAAAAAACUAUUCUGAGUGGAGUUCAGUUGAUAGUGAUGCUUUGUCAAUAUAUAAAUCAUAUUAUGGUCAAAAAAUUAAAUAGGCAUUAUAUAUUUUCUUUAAUAAUAUUAAUUUAAUAUUUUGCUGAUUUUCCCGUUUUUCAUACAUUUUUUUUGGUUUAAUAAUAAAUUUCGUAUAUUUUCACGUUUUCCCUCCGUCUUUUUUUUACUUUUCCCUUUUAUUGGGAAAACAGCCAGGAAAAUCAAAAAAUGACCUUAAAGUACCACCUCAAGAAAAUUUCCUUAUAGAAAAGGUGCGAUAUCAUGCAUCGGAGUAAGGUUUCUGGUAGAAAAAAAUGUUCACAUAACAAAAAAAAAAUAAACAUCUUUGUAAAACUAAUACAUUCUUCGCUCCACUUAGAAUCUAAAAAAACAGGCAAAUGCAGUGGAGGGUAAAUAAUAUUAUAAUAACAAAUAACAGUAUAUUUUAAUAUAUUAAAAUAUAAAUAUAUCAUAUUUAAUUUAUAUUUCAGUUUUUUCUUGCUUGUUUUGCUGCAAAUUUUUUGAUACAGUCAAAGCUCCCUGUUUAUUUAAUAAAUAAGUAAUUAACGGAAAAAUAUUUAGAUUGCACUGGGACAAUGCGUUAAAAACAUUUAAUGGCAUUUAAAAAUCUUGAUCCAUUUUGUCAGCCAUAGUAAAACUUCUGCUUCAAUAACUAAUGAGUUUAGAUUAUAAAUAUAAAAAUUAACACAUGGUUUAAUAUCUCUAUAUUUUUUGUCGAAACAAAAUUUAGGGAUAACGUUUUGCUGGCUUGUUAUUAUUAUGUUAUUAUGUAAUUCGUCAUUUAGUUUUUGUGAAAAGUCGUCUACUAGAGGUAUAUAAAUUGAAAUUCGAUAGUAUAUUCUUCGGGAUCGUUGGUUUUGACGUUUAUGCGUUUAGUUUGGCGAGAAUUAAUUCUUGGCAUAGCUAUUUAUUAUUAACUGAUUCUCAUAUGUUUUUAGAUUUAUUAAAUAAAACUGAAAACUCUUCAUUGACGUAUUCUCGCAUUUUCAUUAAAAUAUCGGAUAUGUUUUCAGUAUAUUAGCAUGCUUCAUAAAGAUCGCAUUUUAUUUUUUGUAAAACCUUGCAAAGGGGCAAAGUCAGAGAAAAUAAUUCACCAGCUAUGUUUAAACUAAUAACAAAUUCGCUUUUAAUAAUAGCAUUAAGUAAUUGUAAAGAUUUAGACGACAUGUCUCUAUUAUGGUUGUUUUCCAACUCUUCUAAAGUGUACAAAACUGGACAAUAAAUUUAAAUAAAUCUUAGGAGUGUAUCGUGGUUUUCAACCCACCUCGUUUCACACAUUGAAAUUAAUGUAGUUUUAUUAGUUCCUGGUAUAUACUUAAGAAUAUUUUGUUUUAAUAUAUGUGAACGCUUAUCUGAUGACUUAAAAAUGUUGAGAAUAGUAUAGACUGUUCUAAUAAAAUUUCGAAAUUGUUGAAUUAUACAAGUAUGCUUUUGUGCCAGGUUUAAAGAGUGAACGCUACAAUGAAUGUAUAGAGCUUUAGGAUCAUUUUCUCUAAUUUUAGCUUCUACGCCAUUUUAAUGGCUACUUAUAGCCACCGCCUCAUCAAAACCUUGGCCACAUAAUAGUUCUAAAUUAAUUGUUAUGCUGUUUAAUGAAUUUAAAAUUCUUGAUGCUGUCCCAUUUCCGGUAACAUCAAUUACUCUGACAAACGUUAAGAAAUCUUCUCUUAUUUUAAAUUCAUUAUAAUUAUCGGACAUAUCUAAAUAUUGGAAACAGAAAAACAUUUAUUAAAUUUUACUUAUGUCGGUUGUUUCAUCAGCCAUAAUUGAAAAAUACUUUGAUUUAUUUAUUCUAUUAACUAUUUUUUCGAGAAUUAAAUUUCCACAAUCGAAAUAAUUUCAUUUUGUAUAUCCAGGCAAAUGCAUAAAGUGCACAUGGAGCACUUUCAAUAUAAUUUUUUGACUCACAAUAUUCAGGUUUAACACGAAUUCGUAAAAUUACACGAAAAUUAUGGAGAUAUUUAUAAACAUAAAAUUAUAGAGUAGCUUUUUUCUUAAAUAUUCUAAAAAACGUUCCGAUAAAAAUAAUACUUUCCGAGAUGAUGAAUGUUUUAUGGUAGAUUGAUCACUCCGUAUAUAAAAUAUUUUUGAAUUAUUCAUACAAUUUAUAAUUUUUCCGAAAACUUUUUAUAGUUGAAUAUUUAGCGCAUCCUAACAAAUACCAGGGGGGCUAUACCUCCCCCCUUCCCGAACCAAACCUUAAAUACGGCCCUGAUAAAAUUUAUUUUUAAUUUAAACAAAGGUUUAUACUUAAUACUUGUCGUACCUUAAGUAUUAAAAUUAGUAUUAUCGAUCCUAUAUUAGCCGACACGACUCAUAGGGUGUGCUAUGGAAAAACUGGAAUACCCCCUAGAUUCACCUAUGGUAAUGAUCGUAGAUGGUGGUAGUCGUAAUGGGAAGGUUGAUAACAUAUUUAAACCAUAAGUAUGCAACCAGGUUAUCGUUUGUGUUAUUAUUAUCAACCGCAAAUCACGAUUGAACAAAGUUUGUUCCUUAACUUUAAUUCGUCAGCGAAUUAAGGAUCCGUAUAUUAACCAUUACAAAGUCAACAAUAAUUUAAGUAGCCAGUCGCAUCAGGUUUAUCACGUUGUCGGGUCAUUAACAGUGGACUGUAUAAUGGAGGGUUUAUGGAAUCUCCAUUUGUAGGAUUUGUGAGGAACCUGAGCAACGCUCAUUAAUUAUUUGAUGCUUGGUAACGACAUAAGUAAAAAAUGUCUGGUUUUCAGUAGAUUUAAUGUUUGAAAAAUAUUGUAAAUCAGUAUUUUAAUUAAUGAGUUAUCUUAUGUGGUUAGAGAUGACACAUACGAAGUCUUUUUAUGUAUUUAUGUGGUAUUCAAUGACUUAUGUUUAAAGUUUAGGGUUUUUAUAGCACUUAUGACAAUAUUAUCUGAUUAAUACUAUGGUUUAAUAUUUUAAGACCACACUAUUAGGUACCUAUUUUUGCUAAUAUAACAUAAAAAAAUUACUAAAGUAUUAAAAUACUAAAUCCAACAUUUUAUUUAAAAAAAAAAAUAUAUGUUUUAAGCCUACAUUUAAUAACCAAUAUUUAUCAACAAAAUAAUUAAUUGUCAAUUAUUAUCUAUGGCAUAUGAUAUAACUUAAUCACAAAAGGACCAUGCAUGGCUGCAAUCUUGUCGUUUUAGGUAUCGCAUGAAGAGGAGUUUGUGAUUCGCACCAAAAUAAGUAUCUAUGUAUUCGAUUGUCGAGUGCUUAUUCAAUUAACCUACAGUGGUAUAAUAGACAAUUUAAGCUGACCUAUGAUUACUAGUUUUAAAAAUCCAAAAAUUAUUGUUUUCUUUAAGAUAUUCUGUUAAUAUUCUGUUUUUAAAGAAUGAAUUUAUUAAUUCAUCCUCGUUUUAUAAAACAUUAUUAUUACAUUAUUAGAUGGACAUUUUCAAACUUUCAUAAUGUUUUAUAUUAUUUCAUUUUCACAUUUAAAAUGAUUAUAUUUAUAUAUUAUUUCCGAGAGUCCUGAAUACUCGUCACCUUAUCUAGUAAUCAUUUCAAAAUUUGACAUUUGAUUAUUCGUUGUAAUCGCAUAAUUUAUUAUUUCGACCAAAUACUAAUCUAAGUCUUUUCGACUUUUUAUUCGUCGCACAUAAUACUCCAGGCGAAGCAUUCAUCCAUUUAUUUUUUAUUUCUAUAUUUAUUUUCGAGUAUUUUACUUUAUUAUUUUGUUAUAAUACAAUUAUUAUAAUAAUAUACAAUAUAUCUGCCAUAUAUUAUUGUUAUACCUACCUUUUAAGUCAAUACUGACAUACCGUAAAUACGGUGUGAAUAAAUGUGUGAAAUAACCAUUAAAAAUUAAAAGAGAAUAUUUUACGUCUUUAGCUUCUCAAUAUAUUAUACUGUAAUAACGAAAAUUGUACGUAGAUACUAUCAAAAGAUACUAUCAAUUUGAAUUUUGGUUCAAAUUAUAAUUCCUAUUUUUUACUACCUGAGAUGGUGCAAGUUAUAAGUAUUGUAUAUAUUUAGGGUCAAUUCUGAUGCAAAUUAACUACAUCCGCAUGAAGUGCACCUAAGCCAGACCCCAUUCCCUGGUUGAGAACCACUAUUCUAUAGGAAUGGUUGAAUAUUACGUUGCAAAUAAGGUAUACAUUAUGGUCAUCAUUUGGAAAAUCACUAUAAUACAUCAAUAACGGUCUUGUACUUUUAAGACUAGAUAAUUUGUAUGCUUACCAUCGGCCUCUUCUGCAUAAUCAAAAUAAUGAUAAAAAUAAGUUAUCUAGUUUAAAAUGUUCAUAUUAACUACUUGUACUCAUAUGUGUUAGUUAUUUAUUGCAUAUAAUAAAACGACAUAUAUUUAUAAAAUAACGCGUUAUUGUAUGAAUUGAACUUUUAACAUGUUUAAUAAUUCCUAUGUAUAGGUAAUUAAGUACUGAAUUAUGUUUGUAAUAAUUUACUAAAUUGUAUUAAAUUAUUAUUUGAUUGAAGUUAAUUUAAGAAAAUGAAGUAACUGGCUACAAUGCUUAAAGUUAUUUGUGUUUAGUCCCUUCGAAUAUCUUUUACUAACUCUGCAUAGGUAUUAUUUCUGACGUCGAAUGUACGUCUGUACAUUCAGUACACCUCUGGUUUAAUAACACAUUAUUAUUGACAAUAAUUAUUUGAAAAGUAUCAAAAACAGGUUUUCAUAUUAUAUAAAGUCCUACAGUGUUAUCCGAAUGCUAAUAACUGUGUCAAUAUUCAUUUUAAAAACUGUUUUUGUUCUUUUGACUAAUGUGUCAGAGGAACACAAAUGUAGAGAAAAAUAUUGCAUUUUUACUAUCAUUAAUGAUCUUUUAUUUUUCAUGUUUAAAAUUUUCAAAAUAGUCGAUUUGUAAAAAUAAAAUGGCCUUGUUCUUAUAGACGCAGGGAAACUAUUUAUUUUACUUAAUUACGAAAAAUUACUAUCCGUGAUUUUACAAUCGACUUCUUGAGUUUGGGAUUAUUGCGAACCUAUCGUACAACGUGUAAACCUUAUUCAGUGUGACCACAAGAAUAACUUUUUAUUUCUAUUCGUGUCGUAGGAAUGCGUAAUUCUUAGUUCUAAUCAACAUGGUUAAAAUAUUAAAGAUACAAUUGACUCUAAUAGUUCACUUUGGCCUAUUGUUAAACUUAAUAGUAAGAGUUUUUGUGCAACCAUGUAAAUAGUGUUCAUUAUCAUACUUUUUAAGAGAGAUGUAAGUAUAUUUAAAUUGUAAUAUUUUAGAUUCUGAGUGGAGCCAAGAAGUGUAUGGUUUUACAAUGAUGCUUUUUUUUCUAUGAACAAAUUUUCUAUCAGAAAUCUUGCUCAAAUUUUUAAGUACACCAUCUUUUCAGAAAGGAAAUCAAACUGGGAUGGUACUUUAAGAAGAUCAUAUUUUAUUUUUCCCUAAUAAAUAAGAAAAAAGAAGAAAAUAAUGGGAUAAUAGGUACAAUAUAAACAAAUAUUACUAAAAGAAAUAUACUCAUAUAAUGCUUUUAUAAUUAUUUUAUCAUAAUAUAUAUAUAAUAUAUAUAAUGACUAAACUCCGCUCAAAAUCGUAUUUUCUUUAGCAAUGGUUUAUCGUUGUUUAUUGAUAUACAUUAAGUUUCCUCUCUACUACCUUUCCAACUUUUCACCUAUUUUCGUUUAAAAAUUAAAAUAUUGAAAGAACUUCCUUAGUUGCACAAAUAACAUUCUUACCUUUAAGUUUGAUAAAAAUUAAACUCAUUAUUUCUAAUAUUAACACAAUAAACUAAGAUAAUAUGAACUGGCAACGGAAACAGUUACUUCAGCCGAGUUUUGAAAUGGAGUUUUCGUGGAGGAGUGAUCACAUAGAUUUAAUCCUCUUAAACAUUUUAUGAAUCAAAAAUAGAUAAACUGUAUCACGUUCACAGCCGUGUAUGCAACAUACAUUCACCCACCGUACAAAGUAUAGUUCAGGAAAGCAUCGCAAAAAUCAUAUCCACCCUCCAAUUUAGAUCUACUCCGUCUCUAAACUCAAUUGCACCGCUAUCACCCACCUGUCCAUAUUAUGUUAGUUCGUGAUUAAAAUUAACAACACAAAAUUGUCCUUCCUAAAUGCAAAUUUUCUAUGUCGUAUGUUUGUAAGACAAAGACAGAGUAUGUAAGUAUAAAUUUUUCUUAAGAGGACAUUAUUCCGAAGGACAAGAUAAUGCGUUUAUUUUUUUAAAUAUUGCAACCAUUUAAAUGCGAUGAAUUAGUCUCUAUUUUUAAAUGAUAUAUUAAGCGUUAUAUUAAGAAUAACUAAUAGAAUAAUAGGAAAAACACAUCAUCUUGAACUCCGGAAUAUUCACUAUGAACUGUAGUGGAUACUGGUAACCAAAAACACAGUUUCAAAACCAAAAACGAAUAAUUUUAAAACUCGAAACUGUUAAAUGUUACAAUUGUUACUGUUAUUAUUAUUACACUAUAUAUAUCAUUUAAUAUUUUUCUAUGGUGUUAAAACAUUUUGUAAGCUAUUAAUGCAUAAAAUAUAACAUACCAUUGAUAAAUUUUAUGUAACCAGUAACAUAUUCUAAACAUAAAUAUAUUAAAUAAUAUUAUUUUAAUUAAUCCACGUAUAGAAUGGUUCUGGAUUCUAGGGUUGUUCUUAUUUUUCAAAAUUUUUUUUUUUUAAGUCUUAUCCUCUAACAUGGUUCUAAUAUGUAUUUAAAUGAAGUGUACAAAGUUUUAUAUAAACUAGCUAAGUUUAACGCCUGUCUCCUAACCCUUCAAGUUCUAAAAUGCGUUUUUGUUCAAAUAACGAUGAUUUUUUUUAAAUUUUGGAUUAAUAUCGCCUUAUUAUAUAAAAAUACUAUCUGUAUUACCCGGUUUCGGCCGUAAAUAAUUUGUAAAGUAAAAUAUUUUUAAUAUUGUUUUAUAUUUCACAUGGUUUUUUUUCAUCCAUAUUAUUAUGGUAAUCCAUAACAAUAAAUAAAUAACACUUUUAUAUACUUUUAUGUAAGUUUUCUACUAAAGGGACCCACUUAUGUUCUAGGCCUUUAAAGCUAAAAAGUUUUGGCUGUUUUGGUUUAUUUCGAAAUAUUGAAGUACCUAGUAGAUUUGAUUAGGUUUAAUUUGAGUCUCCAUUUUUCUAACCAGACAUAAGAAAGGUCUAAUUGUUUUGUACGGAUUUGGCUGCAUAUUUUAUGUUUCUGUGUUCGGUAUAAAACAUUGUACCGUCAACAAAGAGCACCGUUUUGGAUUUGAUAAUGGACAGUAUAUCAUUUAUGUAGAUGAUGUAAAGAAGCUGAGAGAUGCAUGACCUCUGAAGAACUCCUGCUUUGAAUGGUCAAGUAGAUGAAAAGGAGUCAUUAAUUUUAAUACAAAAUGAGGAGCUUGAGAGAAAGACUGUAUAAGUUUAAUUAAUGAAAGUGCGACAUCAGUGCAGAAGGUGUGGUGUUUAUGCAAAACUCGGUUGAAACCUUUUAUCAUGUCUAGGAAAAUAGUAAUUGUCUGAUGAUUGUUAAAUUUCGUCAAUUCAAGAUCGUUCAACAGCCUGAUAAGUAGUAGUCGGGUGGUUUCUUCUGAAUAAUUACCAUAAAUUACAUCGUCAUCCUUAUUUGUAGUUAUAAGUUGUACCUCUUGUUCCGCAAAUAGCACGUAGUAAGCAGUGUCAACUGUCAGUAAACAGCAUGGCGUGCGCAAACAGUAUGAAACGAUUUUCCUUCAUUAUUUAUUUAUUUAAAUUUUUUUUAAAAUAUACAUUUUGUUAUUGCUAAUGACUUUCUAAAAUGUAUUUAUGAAAUCCUUUAGGCACGAUCGUAUAAAUAUAUAUGAGCCAGCCGUGGUUCUAGUCAAAACAACUUUUAAUCGUACCUCUAUUAUCAAUCCUCCAUAUCAUAUCAUAUCUUCUUAAUUUGCAUUAUAUGUUUAGAGAAUUGGAUAAUCGGAAAAUUGAAAUUAAUUAAUUAAUUAAUUAAUUUAAUGAAUUAUGUGAUGAUAACUAACCUUUAGCUGCUGGAUCGAUGUCUUGUGGUUCUAUAUCAAUUAAAUUAAUCAAUUAAUAAUAAUACCGUUUAUAAUUAGUUUAAAAGAUUAUUUUAUUCUGUAUAUCAAAAACAUAUAUUAAUUUUUUAUAAACUUAGUUACAAAAAAGAAGAAUGUUUUUUCUAAAAAUGUUGAUUUUAAUUAUUUUAGUGUUAUUGCUUUAAGGUAGUUUGAAAUUCAGUCUAAGGUGUAAGGACAUUUUUUUUAUAACUAUCAAAAAUCCCAGACAACAUACCCCAUUUUUGAUCAUUUACAAAACGACAAUAAUAUUACAUAUAUAAAAAACAGCUUAUACUACUUCUGGGUCGGAAGUUAUAAUCGCUCUAUGGUAACAGAAUCCGAAGCAAAGUAAGGAUCCAACAGAACUAAUCCAUACUCCAUCAGGGUCCGAAUUAACUAGCAAUAGUGAGUUUUUAGUGUGAAAUUGAGCUUAAAAUCAGACGAUAUCCGCUUUACGACUCUCAAAGUCUUAUAGGCCUUAUAACUUAAUAAUAAAAUGUGAGAUUGAUAACUAAGAUCUGAAGACUAAAAAACUUCCAGGUCUUUCAGAUGACCGAGGAUAUAUUUAUAUUGUUUAUCGAGUAAUUGUAAUAAAUUAAAGAAUGACAUUUGAAGGAUGACAUAAACUGACAUUUAUUUACAUUAAAUUCACACCAAUACAUUCAAACUAUUUCACUAGGGUGUUAAUCUUGCAAUAAACGAUAGUCGAAGUCGUUAAUAUACUCGUUUAGAGCAAUAAUUAUUGGGGAAAUAUUGCCAUUAAUUAUUAUCACCUAUUGAUGUCUCAAAUAUUUAAGAUCUAAAACAAGUCAAAAUCAGGUUUGUAGAGGAUUAAUACUGGAUUUAUCAUCUGAUUUGAAAAAUUGGAGUGACAAAGCUUUAGGAAAAAAAAUAAACAACAUUGUAAAACCAAUACAUUCCUCGCUUAAAUUAGAUUCAAAAAUUGAACGGGAUGCUCAUUAAACAAUUGCUACCAUCCCGCCUAUAUCGCGUCUGGUCAUACUAGCCAAGUCUUGAUUAAUUAUAACACAUGCAAUUUUAUAAAAAAUGUCAAAUAAAUGUAACUGAUUACAUUUUUGUAAAUUAUUUAAUAUUUUGAAUACCUAUGAAAUUACUGCUAAUAAAUUUGUUUUAAAACAAAUCUUUUAUAAUUUUUUUUUUAUUUGUUUCACUCAUUUUGAAAAAGAAAAAACUGACAGGCAUAUAAAUUAAAAGCCAAAGCAGUGAAGAUUAAAACAAGAAAUACUAAACAGCCAUGAGAUCCACUUAAAAUUUAAAAUGUAGAAGACAAAGGAAAAUAUAUGAAAAUUAUGCUUUUAGAUUCAAAGCGUAACAAGGGAUCUAUUUACAAUUGAUUUAUUAUAAUGAGUGUUUUUGAUUUCUUUUUUUGUUCAGUCAUUUUACGAAAAGAAAUCUUGCUACUAAGUAUAGAGCGCAACAACUUUUCUGAAAGGAAAUUUUAUCUAGUUAGUGCAUUAGGAAGGCCAUUUUUCGAUUUUCCAAUUAGUUUUCGUAAUAUUUAAAAAUAAGGAAAGAACGAAAAAUGGAAAACGAACAAACUUACUGCAUACGAUUUUAUUAUUUUCAAUUUUUACGUACGAUGUUUUCUACCAGAAAUAUUGUUCCAAUCAAAAAACGACAAGAGAACUGUUUUAUUACAUUUUUGAUCAAGUUGGUGAGUAUAAAAUUUUGUAAUAAUUGAGUAAAAUCAAAAACGUCACGGAAAGAAUGGAAAAAUUUACAAAAAUAAUGAUUUUUGUUAUUUUCAAUAUUUUUUUAAAAUUUAAAUUUUGAUUCUAAGCGAAGCGAGAAAAGUAUUGGUUUUACUUGUUUAUUUAAAAAAAAAGCUAAUUCUAUGGACUUGAGAAAGUAGGAUGUAUAAAGUUUUUUAACUUACACCUGUAAGCAACAAUAAACUAUUUCUAACGAAAUACGAUUCGGUAGGAAGUUUGGUUAUACAUAUGUUUUGAAUGUCCGUAUAUUUUCAAUUUAAAAUAAGAUAUGCCUAAAAUAAAUACAAAUUUAAUUUGGUAUUUUCGCAGCACUCUCAAAAAUAACAUCAUAAUUUUUGAGGUCUACAAAACUUGAAAUUUAAAAUUAACUUCCUAAGAAACCUACUAUUUUUCAACAAAUGCAUUAACACUUUAAAAAUGUAUAUCUAAUAUUUCUAAUUCUCUACCACUUAUUAAUCUAAAAUACAUGAAAAGUAUGUGCACUCCAACCUCUUUAAGUCAAAUCAAAAGAGUUUAAAAUACUUACUUAAAAGUUCAGCAAACCUACGAUUAUACUCUAGAGACGGAAAAUUAUUCUUUAUGUCCCAAUCUUGCUCUUAUGUUUCAUAAAAAAAAAAAGUUUCAAUUACAAAAUAUGAAAUUAACAAUAAUUAAUCUUAAUAUAUAUAUAGGACUAUGUUACCAUCAAUGAAAAAUGUUCAGCAUACUUUUAUUAUGCUGGCUAACUUCCUUACUGUCGUAAUAGGUUUUUAGUUAUGGUAAGAGCCAUAAGAAUAUCUUCGUAAGAGCUUAAUGAAAAUGACUAGAAAAUAGUUUCUCCAGUACUGGAUACCUAAUUGAUCAGUGUAGUAUUUGGAUACAAGAAGUCGAUAGGUAGAAUUGAUUACCAUUUAUGAAACUACGGUCUUUCAAUUUGGAAUAAAAUGAGAAACUAUUAUAUAAUAUUGUAUUCUUUUUAUUUGCAUUAUGUCUCCCUUCAAUUAAACAAUUUCAGAUAUCAAUAUUAACCUCAUAUUUCAUCAACGUAGAUUCAAAAGAAUAAAAUUUUGUAAUAUGAAAUCUUUGAGAAGAAAGUUAUAUAAUUAUAGUUAAUAAUAACUAUUUUCAAACAUUAGUUUGAAAAUAGUUUCCUGAAAAAUAACUGUAUUGAAUACUAAAAUCGUUGAAAAUAACUAUAGAAACCUAAUUUCAUAACAACUAAAAAUAAUUAGCGGUGAAAAUAAAUGGGAAUAAAAUAAAAAUAAUGAUAUAGUGCUGGUCUUGAAAAUAAUUAGACAGAAGUAUGUAUAGUAAGUAUAAGUAAUAAGCAUUGGAGAUAGAUGUGAUGUCAAAUACUCAUAAUUUUGUUGAUACAAUAUCGGAACAUAAAUAUUUUGAAAAUGUGAUAAUCAUGUGAUAACAAUAGUUAAAGUAAUAUAAUAGAACCUUGAUAACAGAAAACAUAUUAUAGAAAAUCCUUAUCCGAGUGUUUUUAAUACUCUUAGGUAAGUCAUGGUUACCCAUUUUUUUUUAAAACUAGCUUUUAGUUAGAUUAAAUUUUGAAUAAAAUGUUCCGAUUAUUAUUAUUAAUUAUUAUUUUUCAUUCAAAUCGUUUUUUUACAAUUAUUUUCCUACAAAUUAUGCAAACCAUUGGAAAAGAUACAGUAAACUCUCGAAAACUUCAAAUUGGACAUGAGUACCGUAGAUUAAAUAAUUAUAAUGAACAAUUGAGAGCUUACGUUUUUCAGUAUAACUAUCGGAGACACUUAUAUGUGCAAAGAAUUCACUAUUAACCUCAAAAAACGAAUAAUUAGAUUGAAAAUGAAUUUAUUUGAAACGCUGUCAUGUCAUUUUUUUUGGCUAUCGAAUGAUUCAGUACGUUGUAUUAUUUUGAUCGAACAAUUACUUUUUGAUUUAGACUGCAUUUGAGUGAGUCACUCAAUCAUUAUUCCUUCGUAUUUAAAGUUUAUCGGAUAGAUAAAUGUAUAGAUACAACAUAAUGUAUUAAUUAACUCUUUAAAAAUUAUUUAUAGGUACAUAAUAUAAAUAAUCAAUGAUGUUAACUAUCUUAAAAAAAAAAAAAAAUCAGAAUCAAAAACAUUUUUGAAUUCCUAUUGUUUAAUAUUUUUCAUAAAAUAAAAAUAAAAUUAUCCGAAUAAGAGAAAUAUUUACCUAAGAUAACUUGAAAUGAUUUAUUUAGAUAAGAUACAGAAAAAUUAUAAGUAAAUAACUAUCUAUAGCUAGUUAAAUCCAUCCCUUUGCUUUUUAUACUUCAUUGUUAGAUACAUUAUUACACACUAUUAUCGAGUGAUAAAAACAAUAUUUUGCGUGGGCUAAGCCGUUCAAGGCAGCCAUGAUUAUAUAUAAUUUGAUAUAGAACUAGAUUAGUACCAAAUAUCGUGUGCCAAUUAUUCAAAAAAUAUUAUUAAAUAAGGAUUGUUGAAAAAAAUUAAUCGAGAAUUCACAAUUCUGGUCAAAUUUUAUAUCGUACAAUUUUAUCAGAUACAUGUAUUAUUAAAAUUAGUGAAUUAAAUUGUUCUAAUCCAGAAGAUUGAUAAACAUAGAUUUAUUGAAGUUCACAUUUAAUAAAUUUAACAAAUGUUUACUCUAAUUUAAAUAUUUCCUGUAAUAAAAAUUAGAGAUAUAAAUAUAAUUAAUAAAAUAUAGCAAUUUAUUAUUUAUAUUAUUAAAACUAUUGGCACACAACACUGUUAGAAAGUUAUAAAUUUAUCAACAUAGCUUAAAUUUUAGUACAAGCCCUAUAAUAAAUUUACUAGGGUUAUAAUAUAAUAAGGUAUAAUAUAUUUUACAAACUUUUGUCAGUCCUGAAACCUGUUAUUCGUAAAUAUUCUGUUUAAAAAAAUAAAUAUUGAAAUUAUAAAUCGUACAAUACAAAUUUGUAUGGAUAACAAAUAUGAAAAAGACAGUUUAAUUAGUUAUAUAUAAAUAAUAUAUUGAAUUAUUAUUAAAAGUUUAAUAUUCUCACCAUUACAGGCAUUACUCAAUACUAAAUAAAUAUUCAUAAAAAUUCAUACCAAACAAAAAUUAAUACACAUUUAUAGUAAUGUAUUUGAGCUAUAUUGAUUUAUUAAAAGAAAAAUAAGCCAAAAUCAUAAAUACCAUUUAUUAAUUGGUUAGUGUUUAGUAGUUUUAUAAGUAAUUAUUGAUAAUUGAUGUACACAAUUGUCAUAGGAUCUGAGAUAUAAUGUAGUAAUGAGUCCUUUUAUACUGAAGUAAAAGUAAUACCAUUAUUCUCAUAUAGGCAAAUGAAAAUGACUAGAAAAUAGCAGUAAUUUUUUCAGUAUUUGAUUCAAGUGGAUACCUAAUUGAUCAGUAUAAUAUUUUUGAUACCAAAAAUCGAUAGGUAGAUUGAAUACCACUUCUAGAGCUAUGAUUCUGCGAUUUGAAAGAAAAUCAGAAAACAACAAAUUAUAUUGUAAUCUUUUGUAAAUGCAAUAUGAAAUUGCUUCAAUUUAACACAUUUCAGAUAUUAAUAUUGACUUUUUAUUAAAAUAUUUAAGUAGAUACAAGAAAAACAUGGAUUCAAAAUAAUAGGAUCUUAGAAUAUGAGAUAUUUGAGAGGAGGAUUAUAUAAUUAUAGCUAUUCAUUGUAAGUAUUUUCAAACAUUAGUUUACAAUUAUUUUGUUUUUGAAAUUAAUGAACACUAUAAUAUUUCUGAAAAUAACUUUAAAGAAACCUAAUCUGAUUGAAUAUUAUACAACUGAAAAUAAGUGGGGAAAAUAAAAUAUUGGCUGUCUGACUAUUUACUGUACACUUGUACUCUUUAUUUUGUGAACUUUAAAAAGUCAUUAAAAAUCAUGAAUUUAAUUAAAAUAAAAAUUUGAAAUAUCAAAAUGUUCAAAAUUAUAGUCACUAUAUGGUAAUCUUUAAAUUUUUUUAAAAUUUGUAUUUUAUUUAUUUUUUUUAACAUCACAAAGGGAUAAUGAGUAUAGAAUAAUACUAGAUAAAUAUGCAAUACAUAAAUACAUAAAUACUUAAAACUACUUAAAACUAUUUAAAACUAUUGGAAUACAAUAUUCCUUAGCUCAAAAAGCGAAUAAAAACAGAAAUCAAACUGCAGAUAUACGUAGGUGCUUAUUUUUAUAAUAAUUUCAACUAUUGAUAUUAGUAAAUUAUUUUAAAUAUAUUUUUUAGACAACUAAAUAUUUAAAAAAUAGAACAACUAUAAAAUUUAGUAAAGAUUACCGUAACAAACAACUAUUAAUAUAAUCAUAAUAAUUAUAUCAUUUUAGUUGUUUCACCUAUAAAAUAGUUAUAAUAACUAGAGGUAUUUUGUUCGACUAUAAUUUUUUAGUAAUUUUUUUUUUCCGUAAAUCCGGUCUGUACUUAUUAUAAUUAUUUAAUAACUACUUAUUACAUACCUAAUUCACAAUAAUUUUUUAUCAGGUAUGCUUUGCGUACUAAAAUAAGAUUUUGAAAAUGUAAUAAUUCGUAUGUUCAUUAAAAAAUGUAAAUUUAUUGAAACCAUCGUAUACGCUUUGUGAAAUUAGUCUUUUAAUCAAUAUAGUUUUCAAUUGUAUGCAAUUGAAAUGGCUUUUUAACAUUUCGUGAAAUAAAAAAAUAUUUUUUGAAAUGGUCACUCCAAUUUGACAUUUUUUUAGUUAUUAUUUUGAUGUUUAACUUUUUUUUAAAAAGUAUAAUAAUAAAAACUCCUAAGAACCGAAAAUCUCCAAAAAAAUAAUUAGCAUUAUGCAGUGUAUAUAAAAAAAAUAUACUUAGGAAGAUAUAACAAAAAUUAUUUUUAAUGUGCUAUGCAAUUUCGGAAACUGUAUUAUAAAUAAUAAAUACGGAAUAGUUAAUUUAUCCCUCGUGAAACAGUUUUUAAAAAAUAUUUUAAUUUAUAUCAUUACACAAAAAUUACUUGUGCUUAUGAUUAGAAAAUACUUGUAUAUUUGUUGAAAUGUGAAUUUUGAAUAUUUCCAAGUUGAUCAAUUUCCAUUUUUAAAACAAUUGAAGAGAACUUUUUAUAUGCAAUUCCUUACAUACAAGAGUGACAUUUACGAGUAUCAUCGGAUUGAAAAAUAGUUAUUUUUUGUCAAUUAAUUGAAUAACCAACAAAUAAAGGAACAUUAAAACAUAAAACUACAUGUUAUACAACUGUAUGGUAUAUUAUACUACUUGUACUUAAAAAUCAUUCGAUUCAGGGAAAUCGCCCGUUUUGACAUUUUCGAGUUUUAUUUCGAUACCUAUAGUCCACCAUUUUGUAAUAUAAUUACACGAUGCCAAUUUUUAGUGACCAUUCCAUAAAUUAUUUUUGUAUUCGCGAAGAAUAACAAAAUCAAAUUCCAUUUUAUGAGAUGGAUACAUUUUCAUGAAAAGGUUAAUUUCACAUUUGAAUAUGACAAAUGUAUUGCACGUAGUACUUACCAUCUUUGUCUUUAGCUAAAUGUUAUGAUAUUACAAUAAAUUAUUGGAAAUAAUAUUUAACUUAUUGAAAGUUAGGUACACGAAUAAAUAUUACAAUAAUUUAAAAUAAUCGCAUAGACAAUUAAAUUAAUAAAAUUAAAAUAUUAUUUAUUUAUAAAUUACAUAUAUUUAAUGGUACACAAGAUGCUGAUUUGAUUACUGAUGGUGAUACUUUAUAUGAAAAAAAGUCGACACUUCAAAUAUUUUUUUCAAAAAAUUGUGCAUAAUAUUUUUUUUGACAAUGCGUUUUUGAUCAGUGAAAUGCUCCGAUUUAUCAUUGAAUAUUUUAAAAAACUCUUUUUGAAAUUUUAAACAAUUCAGCCCCAAGAUACUUUUUAUUGGUAUUCAAAUUUCUAAACAUAAGUUUAGAACACCUUAUAUCUUCAAUGUGUCCGCGGUCCAUCCGUAUAAUUACUAGUAUAUGGUUACGAUUGUUGAUUUGGUUCACAACACAUUAUUAUUGUUAUUAAUAUAAUAUAAAUAUAAAUGCAUACUAGCCAACAGGUAUAAAAAAAAAAAAAAAAUGGGUACCAAAGCAUAAAUACUUUUAUACAUAGAAACUAUUCACAUAUUAAAUUAUUUAAUUUAUAAAGGUUUCUACAAAUAAGCAUAUAAGUAAUGGGUAUACUAAGAUACCAAAUUUGUUCAAAAUGAUGUAUGGAAUUAUUGUUUAUUAUAUAGAAUACAUUUAGAAACCUGCAAUUUUGCACAUUCGAAGAAAAAGAUUUCUUAACUUGCUUUUCUUCGAAUAGUGGCGGAUUUAUGAAGGGGGUCAAGGAGGUCUGGACCCUGCCCAAACACUGAUAUAAUUUCAAUAAAUUUCGUUUAAAAAAGAAGCAUCUAUUAAUAGAGAUACCUUUGAAAUACAUAUGAUUUUUCAGGACCCCUCUUAGAAAAAAGUUGAAAAUCUAUUACUGUCUCCGAAAACACAUUUUUGGAUUGUGAAAAUGAUCAAAAGGUGAGGAUAUUUUUUUUGAAACAAUUUCUAGAUCUCUAUUAGAUUUUUUUAUACAAUUUAAAAAUCUGACAAGAAGUUGUCUAAAAAACUGCUAGUAAAAUUAAUCUGUUAAAAUUUCUGUUCUCUGACAAUAACACAAUUUGUCUUCAAAUAACAAAAACAUAAUAAAAUCAAAAAUAAUAAAACCAUUAUUGCCGUAAACUAUUCUGUUUUUUACGUAUUUUCUCUGUUUGUUCUACAUAUUAAUAAAACCACCAAGAAAAUUAAGGACCCCAUAGUAGUAUGGUAUAUGUUAUACUUAAAAAUUGGAGCAAGAUUUCUAAUAGAACAAUGUUCACUGAAUUACUAUAAAAAAAACUAAAUCGAUAAAUAUUCGUGUUUUCAGUUUUCCCAUAUUAUUAAAAAAAGUGCAAAGAAAAUUAAAAAAUGGCUUCUCAAAAUACAUCAAAUGACUUGCUAAUUUGUUACCGGAAAUCAUCCCUGAUGAAAAACUGGACUUUGGUCAGUGUCAUUUUUGAGAGGCUGGGACAAUCGCCCCUCCCCCAUAAAUAAAUUAGUGUAGGUAUUUGUUAUAUAUAUUUGCUAUUUAUAUAUAUAUAUAAAUCUCAGAAUCUUCUUUGAAAUUGAAUGUUAAGCAUUAUUUUUGUAAAAAAAUGUCAUCAGACACAAAAUUAUAAAUAAAACCACCUCAUUAUAACUUAUAAGAUUAUGAUAUAGAGUAGAAUUUAAGCUUAGAUGUAUACCUUGUGCAUAAUAAUUUUAGUGUCGCCCUCCCUCCCCUCCCAAUAAAACUAAAUCUUAUUAGAAACUAAACUUAUUAGUUAUUAUAACUUACGGAAUUCGAUUAUAGUUUGAAGAUACAAUAUAUAAUCUUGAACCAGUACUAAACAUUAUAAAGUCAUAUUUUUUUAGUUAUUAAUAUUUAUUUCUAUGUAUUGCUCGUUAAUCUAAUUGAUGAACAUUACAUAGAUUGAAUGAUUAUGAUUGAUUCAAUCAUAAUAUGCAUAAUCAAAUUCUUAGUUUUAAAUGGUAACAAAAUAAUGUGACAAAUGUAUCAACUAUAUAUUGGUGUUGGGAUAAAAUAUCUAAGGAAAAAAUAUCCUGUAUUGAAAUAUUCAAUGGAUGAAAUAACCAAUUUACAAGACAAAAUGUCCAAAUAAAAAAACUUUUAAAAACCUGUUUGAAAAGAGAAUAUUAAUAAAAAUUACAUUAUUUUUUAAUUAGAUAAAUUGUUCAUUUUUAAACCACAUUUUAAAAACAUUUAAUAUUAUAAUAAUAUUGUGUUGUAUACUUAUAUGUAAUAAUACUUGUAAUACUUAUAUAAUAGCUUUAAUUAUCGGUCUUAAGGCUGUUAUUACAAUGUCUGGUUAAGAGUGGCGGUAAAAGUGUCGGUAAAGUGAUGGUUACGGUAAUCUUACGAUCUUCGAUUAACGAUUGUAUAACUAACCUGCAGUUUUACCGACUGUGAUUCCCAAAACAUCCGUCCAUGACCAAAUGAUAUUGUUCUACGCACGCGCAAUUCUUAAAUUAUCAUUUAUUAUUAUCUACAGUCAGAUAAUUCGUUAUAACUAAUAUAAAUGUUAUAAUGUAAUAUUUACUUGUCUGUUUACAAAACAAAACCCGGUAUUAUAAUAUUCAUAUUGAUUAUUGACAUAUUCUUCGUUACCUAUUUAACGUUCUAACUGUUGGCAUCUUAAGUAUUUAAAACAUGUCAAUAAAUUAUAAGAGACCACGUAGCAGUCAUUUUUUACAACGGAAGAGACUACGUUGGUCGAGUUGGCUACAAAACCAACUGUUGUCUAAUUAUUCGAGAUAGUUCUUGUGUUACCGAAAAAUGUUGUUUCCUAAUUGCAAUAUUCAAUUCUGACAUUUCAUUUUCGUAGUCUGAAGAACCACUUUCAAUCAAACAGCAGUUAUAUAUUGCUCUUUUCAUAAUUCUAACAAAAAAGUAAAAACAAAUCAAAAAUGUAUACAUUAUACUAAUAAACUCAAGAUGAACUCAUAAAACACAAAAUUAGUAGUACAGAAUAAAUUAUGAGCAAUAACAAUAAUCAUAAAAAUUACCUAUUGACAAGUACCCAUUGGUAACAUAAUCCGAGAGAUUUUAACUUAACCGGAUGAUAACUGGUAGAAUUCCGUCAGUUAAAAGUCCGAUCGUAUAACCUCUGGUAACCGGAGACUUUUUCCUUAACCAACGUAUGUAAGAACCAACUGUCGGUUAAAUUUCAGUAUAACUGCCGGUUAGCGCUAACCGACACUUAACCGGACAUUGUAAGAACGGGCCUUACACUGCAAUUACGUGUAUCAAAUUUCAGUGCAAGACGACAAUUUUAUCUACAAUAAUUAUCUGCUACCAUCGGUAUAGAAGCGUAGGUAUUGAUUGUAAUAUUUAUAGUUUAUCGGUAAUUAUUGAACAAUUAUUUCGUGUUGUGUGUCGGUGUAACUUUUGUAGUGAAGCGUUUUAAAUCCGUCAAUUAACAAUUCGUUUAAUUUAUUUUGUGUUAUGAAAUUAAUAAAUUCAAACCACAUUAGACUACAGUAACCCAUCCGUUUAAAAGAAUACUUUCUCCUUUACACACUUCCCCCUAUUCUUAUUCCACCUUUCUCUAAAUUUAUCUUUAUUCUAAUACAAGUAUUCAGAGUUGAUUCCGAGUGACAAAUUUAACAAGGUUUUUGUUGUACGACAGUGGUAUAAUGGUAGGAGAACGAAUGAUCAUAUUUGCCACUAAUAACGGUCCUCGAUAUUUUACUAAAUCAUCUACAUAGUAUAUGGAUGGACAUUUUUCUCUCGCGCCCAAAAUAUUCAACAACUUUAUGUAAUAAGAGUAGAAAUAGAUUAUGUUUACAUCACGGCUAUAUUUAUUUCACUCGAAAAAAGAAUACUAACAACGUAUAAAGAAGUAUUAAAUAUUUUUAUGGAAAAAUGUGAAGAACUAGAAAUGUACCCUGAUCCAAAUACAAUAAAUUUUGAUUUUGAGAAAGCUGUUACAAAUGCGAUAAAAAUUACAUUCGGAGAUGAUAUCCAAAUACUUUUAUCAUUUGUGCCAAAGUAUUCAACGACAAGUGCAAAAACUAGAACUGGAAACAUAUUAUAGAGAAGAUGAAACGUUCAAUAAAUUUUGUGCGAUCAUAGAUGGGCUUGCGUUUCUCCCUGUCAACGAUAUUGAAAAAGGUAAUCAAUAUUCAUAUUAUAAUAUACAAGCUAACAUUUAAUUUAAUUGAAUUAACAAUAAUUUCCUAUGUAAUUAUAUGUUUUUUUAAAAAAAUUGUUAUUUUACAUUUUUUAUCAUCAUUUUUAUAAUUAAUUUGAACACCUAUUUAAAUAUUAUACAUAACUGACACAUGUCACUACGAUAUAGUGUAACUCUGACUAAAGAUAUAAUUAUUAAUUUACGAAACAUUGUACGCAAUAUAUUAUUAUUAUUAUAUUAAAAUUUAUAACUAAAUGUUUGUAAAAUAUGAUUUUAAAAUGUAUCUGAUUAAAAAAAUUAUGCGAUUUUUAUUACUAUUAUCUUUUCAAACCGAUAUUUAAAUUUUUUUUAUUUGAAUAUUUUGUCCUAUGCAUUGGUUAUUUUAUUCUUAGAUUUUUUUUUCCGUUGAUUAUUUAGACUUAAUAUUUGAACACAGAAUUUUUUGUCCUAAAUUCCUAUAUAUUAUAUUGUGUUUCACUAAAAUUGUAAGCCUUAGAUUUAAAUGGUUUUUUGUUUUGGAAGAUCGGAUAAAGGCAAAAAUAACUAAUACGAUAAAAAUUAUUUUUGGAAUAAAAUAAUGUGUAAUGUAUAUGUAAAGUUAUUUUCAGUACCUUCCAGAAUAUAUUACCAAGAGUAUCGCAAAAUCUGGUACUGGUACUAAAUUUGUAUUUUCCGUUCAAUAGCUCUAAUUAGUAAUUUAUAGUAAAAAUAAUUCUAUUGAUCGGAUGAUGCAUUUGACCAAUAAGCACUUAAUUAUAUUCUCUCUGUAAUUAAUUAUUUAAAAAUUAUACUAAUUGUAAUGUAUUGAAAACUUUUUAAUUUGUUAACUAUAUACAUAUUUUAUUUCAAUUACAAAUUAUUAAUUAAUUAUUUUUAUUUAAUUAUACAUUUUUAAUUAAUUAUAUUUUUGUGCUUAAUGCCCGUGUAUCAUUUAUAAUGAUAAAUUAAUAAAAUAAAUAAAAUAUAGUACCAAUUAUUGUAUUUCUAACUUACUAUUCUGUGUUGUUACUUCUUCAUCAGCUAAAAAUUAAAAAUAGAAAAAAUAUAAUAAAAGUGAUUAAUUUCUUUAAAUUAAUCAAUUUGAUUGUAAAUUGAUAACAUCAGAUAAAAUUUCUAUAAAUAUUUUACUAUUUUUUAUUGAGUUUGAUAUAAUGUGUAUUUUAGAUUCUGAACGGAGCGAGAGAUGUAUUGGUACAACGAUGUUUAUUUUAUUUUUAUUUUUUCGCACUUGAGAGGUACUUUAGGGAGGUCAUUUUUUGAUUUUUCCAGAAGUUUUCUCAACAAAUGCGAAAAAUCGGCAAAAUGGAGAAAAAACGGGAAAAUAGAAAUAAUUUUAUUAAACAAAUAUUACUAAAUAUGUAGUUAUGUUACCAUAAUAUGACAUAUAUAUAUUGUUAACAAAGCAACACUAUCAACCGAACUUCGCUCAGAAUUGUUUUUUCGUUAGUAAUGGUUAAUCGUUGCUUAUAGAUAUACAUUAAAUUUCCCUUCUACUACCUCCCCAACUUCUCACCUAUAUAACAGUGGUUACACUCAUCCCCAUUAUCCUAGGAAAUCUUUUUUAACCUGGGUCGGUACCACAAUAAAUGCUUUAUCCUACAUUUAAAAAUUUACUAUGGUGACAUUAAAUUACUACAGAGUCUGUACAAAAACAGUUCUAAAUAUUUAUAUUUACUAAUAUUGAAAUAUUAUAAUUUUACCAUAAAAGCCUGAUUACUAGGUAAAACUAAGUUUUAAUAGUAUUUACUAUUUGUAAAAAAACGAAACUUGUACGAUCAAAUACAAUUGUUGAAUUGUGUACAAUAUUCUUGUUUGAUAAACAAAUUAGAAUUAUAAAUAUAUAUAUAGGUAAAUAAUUUAUAGGUAUGUAGAAAUAAAAAAAUAAAUAAAUGCAUCGCCUGUAAAACCAAAUAAAAACUACAAAAAUAAAUCUAAUAAAAUAGUAAAACAAAAUAGUAUAGUUAAACGACAAAAUACAAAUAUUUAGACUCUAUCAUAAAAGAAAAAUUAAUAAUAAUACUUCUAUAAAAAAAAAACACUUAUGAUUUCAUUAAAAAAAUAAUAAAAUUAAUAUUGAGCCAGGUUACAAAAUGAUUUCUCUUGACGUAUAAAAUGUAUACUUCAUACAUCCAUUUCUAAACACGAACCAGUAAUUUUUUAAAACCUUAUCUUAUACAUAGUAAUAAAUUCAAUAAAAACGGAGUACAAGAAAUUAUUCAAUCAGUAAAUGUAAUUUAUUAACCAAAACUAUUUCCAAAAUAAUAAUAAAUUAUAUUCGCAGAAUGAAGAGCCAGUCAUGGUGAAAAUUUAGUUAACUACUUAAACAAAAUAAAUAAAAAAUAUUCAAUUUACACUCGAAAUACAAAUAAAUUUAAUUUUUUAGAUCUACAGUUUUCAUAGUAAAAAAUAAUUUUGUUUUUAGUAUUUAAAGGAAACCUAAACAAACUGAUGCUAUAACACCACAUAAUUAUAAUCACAAUUAUUCUCAAAAAAUAACAUUUUUAAAUUCAAUAUUCUAUAUGCUUGAACGUAUUCCAUUAAAUAAUUAAAUAAUUAUCAACACGAGUACAAUAUCUUUUACGGGGUGUUAACAUCAGUUGAGUGCAACAUGAUAACAUUCAUUUUUUUGGAAAGUGUUAACUAUUUUCGAAAUUGUUUUGUUUUGAAAACUUAAGAAAUAAAUAUCUCUAAAAUGAUAAUACAACCUUUUUUUUGGUGGUGAAACGACUACCUUUUUUUGAUUUUCAAAUGGCAACCUACAUUAAAAAUGCCUUAAAUAGAUGGAAUAUUAUUUAUAAUAAAUUUCGAUGUUCAAAUUUUUAGUACCUAAUAAAAAAAAGUUAAAAAUUAUAACAGCAUAUUAUGUAAGUUACUUAUCUAAGUAGAAUAAUGGACUUCUAGCAUUUGCACAUUUAUUUUACGCAGUCAUAAAAUAAGGUGUGGAAGAAAUCUGUUUCAUGUUAAAAAAAAAAAUACUAAAUCUAUAAUUUUGUAAUGCAUAUUUUUGCAUAUUCAGGUCUUUUUACUUUUUGAGACAUUUGUAGUUUUUUUUAUAAUUUUGAGAGACUUUUCGGACUUUUUUCUAUGAAAUUAUCAUAUAAUUUAUUUUUUUUUAAUUAGAAGACAAUCCAAAAUUUUCACUAGUCUUUACUAUUUUAUUUAUGAUUCUUUAAAAACUUGUUAUAUUAAUUAUUGUUUUCAAAUAUAACUGUAUUAUAAGCAUAUCUUUUUUAUAUUUUUUUUAUACUUUUUCCAUUGAACUUUAUUUCAUUUUUGACGUCUUCUUAUGUUUUAAAUGUCUUAUAUUUAAAACAUAAGAUUAACUAUAAUUAACAACAUAUUAUUAUUGAUGAUAAAACUUCAGAUUUUAAAUUUUUAUUGAUUAAAUUAAAUUGAUGAAUAAUUGUUAAAUAUCAACAAUUAGUAUUACUUACUCAUUUUAGUUGCAGUUUUCCAUAAUUCAAAUAGGUCAGUUCCUUGAAUAGAAAUCGUUUACAUUUACCAAUAUUUUAAGUCAAAUAAUAAAAUAACAUUAAUUUAAGAAUUUGUACUCAAAUUAACAAUUCUAGUACACUACUCACCAUUACGACAAACUAUAGAUGUUGUUAUUAAUUCUGUUCAAAUUAUUAUUAUUAAUAAUAUACAACGCAUAAUGUUGGAUACACAUAUAAAUAUAUUAUCUUAGGUAAUUUAUCUAAAACAUCUAAAACAAUUAAAAAUCAACUUUUAAAUAUUUGAUUAUAUACGAUUUCCCCUUCACUUAGACCUCAGGUUACCUUAGGUUACUUAGAUAGGUUACCUAUCCUGGCAAUUAUUACAUAAUAUUCAAGUUGAAGUUUUGACUAGUUAACACAGUGUUUCUGAUUAGAUUAGUAUGCCGCCAUACUAGUAUUACUAAACUCAGCAAGGUGACCCAUUAAAUUUAUUUCGAUUUUUUUUCCAUAAAACAUCAGUUUUUAUGCAGUUUAAUAAAUUAAUCAAUUAGAAUACUUAAUGAAUAAUUUUAAAGAAUCUUUUUUUUCAAACCUUAGGUUGGUUUAUAGCUAUUUGUCUCUGUUAAAAACAGGCAUUUGUCAUUUGUAGGCUUUUGUAGUCUCUUACUCUUGCAUUUUUCAUGAUUUUCCUAAUGUUAUGAAAUCAUCCUAAUGGUAUUUUCUCUUCUUAAUUACACCUUUUAUUAUAAUAUUGUGUAGAAUGUACAUCUUCAUUAUGUCUAUGCACAUGUUCCACUACUGUUCAUCAUUUCAUUUUAGCAUUUUAAAUUCAUCAAUGAGCAUUUUUCUCAGUUAUUUUGAGUACUUCAUCGUCGGUUUUUUUGGUCUAUCCAUAUUUUUUUUUUGUCUGUAUCUUUACCACCACAUAUUCAAUAUGCCUAAUGCCUUUUUUAAAUAUAACUCACAUUAUUCACCCGAAUAAUGCUAUACUUCAGACGUAUGCUUUGAUAAAGGUCUUCUUAUUGCUGAAGUUUACAUUUUCAGAAGUGAAUAAAGUUAACAGAGUAGUACUACAAGUAAUCUAGGAACUACUAGGGAACUAUCCCUUCAAUUCUGGGUAAGAAUAGCUAGAUAUGCAAGAACUUUAUUCAUAAACAAUGUAUGUAAAAUCUGAUAUUAUUAGUGAUGACUCAUCACUAUUAGAAGAGGAUUAAAGAUGGCGGUAAAAAGAAAAAAAUAUCGAAAUUGAAUAAUAUAAUUAUACUACCUUGUGGUUUUUUUGUGCUCCUCUCAAUUAUUUAUUUUAUUUAUAAAUAUGCACAUAUAAAUCGGUGUUUUUGGGUGACUAUAAAGUAUCUUCAUUCUUACCAUAACAUGUCUUCGGUUCAUCUAUAAAAACGAUUAUACAUUUAAUAUAAAAAGAACAGUAAUAAAAUUAGUAAGAGCCGACUUAUUCACAUUAUGGCCAAUAAAGAAGAUGGUACUGCUCUAGAUGAUAAGUUGGAAAGGUAUGAUAUAUGUAAUUGAAUAUUGAUGCAAUUGUAUACUAUAAAUUUGAUCUUAAAAGACUAAUAAUAGUACAAACAAAUUACAUAACUUGUAAUCGUAUAAAACAAAAAAACUUCGUAAUUUCAAAUAAUUUAAACACUUCUACAAAAUACUAUCUUAAGUAUUUGGGUAAUUUUAAUAUUAAAAUAUAUUUAAAACGUAUUUAUUUAUCUAUAUAGUUAUCAAACAGGUCAGUUGACCUUCCAACCAAACUAGAAAAGACAGUUUACCCUUCUCUCAUUUUCAUUUAUUAUUUUCCGGUUUUCUCUUUAAUUUUAUAUAGGUCCAUUUCCUAUUUCACUUUUAAAUUUUUAAAUGAAACCGAAACCCUUUUUUUGUACUAUGUAUUUUGUGCAGAAAUCUGUUUUUGUCAAACAUUAAUUUAUCAAUAAUAUAUUAGCUAUAUGAUAUUAUUUUACAUAUUUUAUAUUUAAUAAAGAUAUUAAUAAUCAACAUUAUACAUAAAAUAAUUGCAAAAGAACUAGUUUGCUGUUUCCAGUGUGAAUAUAUCUAUAACAAAUAUGUUUUACAAGCAUUAAUUUAUAUGAAAAUUAAAAAUAACAAUAUUAAAUUACUAUAGUUACAAAAGUUAAAUGAUGCAAAAUUAAUGGUAAAACUCAGAAUGAAAUAUCGAACAAAAAAUAAAUAUAUAAUUUGUUUUAAUAAUAAUACUAUAAGAACCUACUUGAAUAUUAUUAAACAUUUGUUUGGAUAAUUUUUUUUAAUUUAAAUUAGAUCUGCUAAAAUCCGACGAGUAUUACAAAAAUCUCCAUAGCAGCUAAUAUAGCCCUUAUAUGGACUAAUACAACUAGGCAUAAAUUAUGCAUAAAAAAAAUACAAACUUGUGAUGAUUAUUGUAAAUAAAUAGUUGGAUGUAAAAGUUGUACCCUCGAAAGAGAGCACAACUAUUACUCCAGUAUCCCGAAGAAGAAUAUCUGUGUCUCGGAAAGUUCUAAAAUACAAAUUUCUGGACUUGCAAAUUGUAUAAAUCAACAAAAAAGGAGCACAAAAAAAAAAAAACUAUGUUUCGUUUCAAAAAUUAAUAGUGUGGUUGAUAGGGAAAUGGACCUACAUAAAAGAUGAAAAAAGGAAAGUAGUUAAAUAGAAAUGGGAGAAGGGAAAUUGAAGAAAAGAAAAAAUUGACAAAUGAUAAUACUAUGUAAUAAAAACAAUAUUAUACAUAACUACUGACAUAUAAGUGACCACAACAUGAUCAUUCACUGUACUAAUGUAUUUUUAAAAUAUAAUCUCACGUUUUUUUAAAGUAUAUUAUCGUUAUUUUAUUAAGUUUGGUCUCUUUUGCUUUUUAAAUAUUUUGAAGAGGUUUAGCAAAUAAGGUAUGCAUUGACUUACUUAAAUUACACCAUUUGUUUACAUCCCUGAAAUCUUGAGCUAAAUUAUUUAAAUUUAAAUAUUAUAUUAAUACGUAAGAAACUUUAAAAAAUAUAAUUCUAAACUAGUUUUUUAAUAACAUUGAAUGUACAUAAAAUUAUUAUUAUUCAGUUUGUAGUUUAUGACACUUUUAAUGCACCGUCUAUAAGAAACAUAUGAGUCAAAUUAUUACAUACAUCUUAACUGGAUGUAGAUCUCAUAUAUCUCAAUUUGUAAAAAAUUACUCAAAUUUUUAUUAACAUACAAUUAAAAAUGAACAAUUUAUUCUUUGAACUCAAAACCUAUCAAAUAAUUUAUACCACUAUAACUCCAAAGAGAAUACUAUAGUCAUAAAUUUACAUAGAAGUGUCUUUUUUAUACGUAAGAAGAUCUUGAGGCAAUAACCAAACAUUUUUGGGCAAAAUAACUUUUUUUCGUAAUCGUAUGGAAAACAAUUUUCCAUCGAUUGGUGUAAAAAUCACACAUGUCCAACAGUUGUAUCUAUAUGGUGUUAUUAUACAAAUAGACAUAUUUUAUUGCAGAGCCUAUUUUGUGUGUAAUACGCCACAUAGUGUGUAAUACAAAAUCUUUUGUGUAUAGUACGGAAUUAUGAAACGUGUAGAAUGUCAUAAAAAUAUAUAUCUAUACUAUGUUUUGUUGUUAUAGUAUUUUUAAUUGUUUAAACAAUUUAUAAUAAGUAUAUCAAAGAAAUAUUGAUCAAAUACAAAGUAUUUUAAAAUUUGUUAUUUAUUAUUAUGAUGUUUUAAAACUUGUUUUUUCAAUGCUUACUAGAACUAGUUUACUGACUAUGAAAUACGGAAUUAAACCCAGAAGAACGUUAUUUAAACAAAUUUAUUGAAAGAGUAAUUUAUAAAUAAAAUACAAAAACCAAAACUAUAAUGUAUAAUACUAUGUGUUCUUAUGGGUAUCAUAUAUAAUUACAAUAAUACAAUGUAAUAACAAGAUAUGGCCAACAAUAUUUUAUUGCUUCCUUGACUUAUUAUUAAAAACUCAUCAUAAUUCAUAAGUGCACAUGAUAUAUUUACUUUAAAAUUAAAAUCUUCUAUUGUUCAAAGAAUAUUUUUAAAAAUGUAUUUUGGAAUUUAAAACGUUUUUUUUUUCUUUUUGUUCCCUGUACAAUUUGAAAAAAAAAACGUGUCUGAUUGUUGCCUCUCCACAUUAUUCUAACGCAAGUAUUUCUAGUGAGACUAAUAAAAGUAUUCUGAGAACAUAUUAGGUCUCUACGAUUAUUUUCAACCGAAUUUCAACAAACUUCGAAAUUGAAAAUGAUGGAACCACUGUUAUUGGAUUACUUUCUGUUUUUUCUAAGUUUUUCUCAGCUUUUUCUAAUUAUUAAGAAAAAAACAAAGUAUAUCAAACUAUUACCACUCCCCCAACCUCCAAUAAAGAAAAUAGACAACAUUUUACAAAAAACCACCUCUAAAAGUUAAUGACCAAAGCAAAAUUUCACAUAAUAACGUUGUAAACAGACAUACACAAAUAUGGUAAAAAUAAAAAUAAUACAAGCUACAUAUUAAAAACUACACAUUUCUCGGCACGCUCAGGAUUUAAAAAAAAAAAACAUUAUACUUAACUAUCUACAUCGGUAGCCGAUUUGGACCUUGGUAAUGACUGUUUCCUAGAUUCUAAAAAAUGUAAAUAUAUAACUGUAAUAUGUGAUAGGUACAUAUGUAUUGUGUACUUAUUUUAUCAGAUAUUAUAUGAGCUAUUUAUGUUAACUACUGGAAUACUACAAAACUAUGGUCUGUACCUAAGCUGAUUGCUAGUUGAAUAAAACAUUUUUUUUUAAAUUUUUUUUUUUGGCUAUCAAUAAUUACUCUAAUAUACUAUCUAUAUAUCGAUUUUAGAAUAGAAAUUUAGAUAUAUAUCAUACAAUACAAUAAUUAGCUAAACAAUAUUCAAAAUGUAAAUUAUUUCUUUCUGAUAAUAGCUGUACCUAUUGUUUUGUAUUAGCUGUAAUAUAAUUUAGUUAUUUAAUUUAAACUAUUAAUAUUGUCUGUAAAAAUUCAGUUGAACUACUUUGAACUGUUUAUAAUGUCGAAAAGUCUAAUUUUCAACUCACAGUGCAGAGUAUGUCCAUAUUUUUAAUUGUUUAUUUCAUUAAGCUUUUAAAUUAUUACUUUUAUUUUAACCAUUUUAAGAAAACUUCAGGAUAAUUAAUGAAAGACCACUCCAAUGUUUUAUUUUAAGCAAUUCGCUUAUACUAUUACUUUUAAUAGCACAGUAUCAGUUAUAGUUUAUUUUCGGUUUGAUUUUUCUAGAAAAUAUUAAAAUAAUAUGGUAACAUUUUAAAUACCAGUUUCAAUGUCUUAAGUUUAUAUUUUUUUUGUUUUUGAUAAAUUUGAUAAAUUAUUAAUUGUUAUUAUUAUUCUUUCAACCAUUUUAAUCAAACCUCAGGGUAUCUAAUGAACGAUCCCUUAAAUAUUUUUAAAUAAAAAAUAGGUAUUUUAUUUUAAUGAAUUUCCAUCAUUUUAGAAUUUUCUAGACCAGCGGGAUUCCCAACCUGUGGUACAUGUCACAACUAGUGAUACGCAGGAAGCUCGUACACGAAAACAUUUUUUUUCAUUGUAAUUUAAAUACUAAGAGAUUUACUUUAAAAUUAAGAUUUUUUUUUUUACUCUUAUAAAUAUCAAACAAUGAAAAUUAUUAAUAAAUUAAUUUCAAAUAAAAUAUAUACUAAAAAAAAAUGUGGUACGCGUAUUGAUCAUAAACUCGUUAAGUGGUACUCGGUAAUAAAAAGAUUGGGAACUUUUGUUCUAGACCAUGGUGUGUAUGCCGGCCUUGUAAACACUACGCAAUUUACAACAUACGCAUUUACAUUGUAGAUGUUAUAAAAACACCCAUCUCAGGCAAUCCAGAUUCAAUUCCAGUUCGAUAUUGCUAUAACUUUAAUUAAAAACUUACUCAAUCUACUUGAUAGACUGUUAAAUGUACCUAUAAUAUAUUAAUCAAAUAUUAACCUUUUGAAUAUCAAUUUAUACUUCUUCAAGUUAUAACUAUUUUAAUUGUUUGAUUUAUUAAUUGUUCAUACCAUUAUGAUUAUAGUUAUUAUUUUCACCAGUGCAAUCAAUCCCAGGCUAUCUAAUGAACGAUCCUUUAAAUUUUAUUUAAGUACAAGAUACGCAAGAUGUGUUUUUUUUUUUUUUUUUUUUAAUGAAUUUCCAUCGCAUAGGGGGGGGGGCGAGAUCAUAUUUCCCCUCGAAAAGUAAAAUUCCGGAACGUAAGAUGCUGAAAAGUAAAAACCCGGACCGCAAUGCCCCGAACGUACAUUUCCGUAAUGUAAAUACCCGGACCGUACAAUCCCGAAAAGUAAAACGCCGGAAUGGAAACUCCCGGGAAGUAUAAAGUCCGGAACGGCGAGCGUCAAUUAAGUGACAUUAAAAGAUAUAUUUAAUGGUAAAAAUAAUGCAAUGCAAUUUUGAAAUACACUUGAGGAACAUCAAUAUCCUACCCUUUUAUCAAAUGUAAAAGCUAUUCUAAAAUUUUUUGGAUCGACAUAUUUAUGUGAAGCCGUUUUUAGUAAGCUAACAUUUAUAAAAAACAAACACAGAAAUCGUUUGAAUGAUAUAUAUUUGGACGAUUUAAUGCGGUUAUAAACAUCAAAUACACCCGUAGACAUUAAUAAGAUCAUAAAAGAAACAGAAACAUUUGUGUUAUUCAUGUAAUUUUUCCUACAAUACCCUUUCCUAACAAUACAUAAAUAAUUUGUAUUUUUUUAUUAUUAUCAUUAAAAAUCUAUUUGGCCCACAAAUAAUUUUCUAAAAUUACAUUUGACCCAUUCUAAAAUCCUAAUAAGGACCCCCGCCUAAGAUAGUUCACAACACGCGAAUUCACAUUUUAAAAGGUUUUAAAAAACACCUACUUGGUAGGUAAUUCUAUUGCAUUUGGUUCUUAAAAAAAAAGACACGAAAUUGUAAUUGCGUUUUUUGGUAAUUAAUAGACUUUCGCCAUUACUAUUACAUUUAUUAACAUCUUACCAGAUACACUUGGUUGUUCGGCUUUUUUGCAUAAUUAACAAAAUAUUAAAAUAUGUAUUAGAAUACCAAUUUCUAUGUUUUCAAGUUAAAUUUUUAAUUGUUUAAUUUAUUUAAUUUUGUAUUAUUAAUAUUAUCUAUUAUUUUAAUUAUUUUAAGAAAACCACAGGAUUGCUAAAAGAUUCAUCUAAUGUUUCUUUAACAUAUCCCUUGUACUAUUACUUUUAAUAACAACUUAUCAUAGGCAGUUUGUAUAUGUAUAGUAUGCUAUUACUUUUAUUAACAGCUUACCAGUUUGGUUUUUUUUUGAUUCCACUAGAAAAUAUUAAUAAAAUAUUUCAAUAAUAUGUUAACAUUUUAAAUAGGUAUUCACUAAUUUUUAUUUUAUUUUUAUUACAUUUUAAAUUGUUUAAUUAAUUUAAUUUCUAUUUUUUUUAAUUUUUUUUUUAACAUAUUUAGAAAACCUCAGAAUAACUAAUUAAUAACCUCCUUAUUUUUUUCUAAACUAUGAAGCAUGAUAGUUUAAGACAUGGUACAAAUCAUUUACAAGCAUACCUAAAUGGCUACUUUUGUUAGUUUAUUCGAAACCCAAAUCCAAUAUUAUGAAGAUCGCAAAUUUACAAUAAUAAAUGUCAAAAUUGUAUUCGUUUCAUAAAAAUAGAACAGAGAAACCCUACAAAUUACGGCGCUUUUUAUCUUUUCACUUUUCAAAUAUUAAACAAACCUAUUUAUAAUAUAAACGCAGAAUACCUUGUAAGUUAUAUAAUUACAUAAACAGCUCACGUUAUGAAAUUUUUGUCUUUCAUACUUUACUCCAUUUAAAUCAUUCAAUUGCAAGAUAAAAAAUUUCAGAGGUUAAAUUUAAAAUUGAGUAUUGAUGAAAUUGUCUAAUUAUUGCUAAAAUGUAUAAAAUAUAAGUAACAGAAGUCCAAAAUAGUAAUAUAUUAAUUGUAACAUGUCUAAAGUUUUUUUUAAUGUAAGAUUUACUAUGCACGUUCCAAUAAUCCUAUUUGGCAUUGUACACUAUUCGGUCGAAUUAUGUAUUAUGGUUUACGGACGCUUAUUCAGUUACAACUUACAUGCGGUCAAAGAAAUUAUAUUUUUAUAACGUCUAAACGUUAAGACGAUCUAAACAUCGAUAGUCAAAAUGUCAAUUUAUUUAUUACAUUAAAAUACUAUUCAUAAAGUAUUAGAUGAAAAAUUCAAAAUUAAACAUAACUAUCAUGGUUGACAUUUAUUCAUGUUAUUAUUCUUAAUAUACGCGUGUAUGUAGUCUACCUAGUACUACAACUUAAAAAUGGGUGUUUUGAUCUUAAAAAUUUAAUUUAAAAAGUGUUAUCAACAACUGUAAAAUAAACCAUACACUGUUAAUUUUUCACUUAGAAUUAAUUUCAAACCUUUUUUUAUAAAUGAAUUUGUAAUAAAAUUUAAUCCUUUAAAACUUAAAGUAUCAAAGCAGUGUAAGCACCUGAAUUCCACCAUGGCACAGUGAUCUGAAUAAGUAAUUUAAAUAGACAAAAUUGUUUUAUUUUUAAACUGAAUUAAAUGGGGAUUCCCAAAAACAAUUCAAAAAAUUAUUUGGCCUAUUUUUGUUUCAUACAAAAAAAUAUUAUGCAGUUAUUAAUUUUCAGUAUCUUUUUAUGAAUUUAAUUUUUCUGUAUAAUAUUAGAAUACAAUAAUACUAUAGUUACACAAUCUACAAUUUAACUUUAAGAAACAUACUAUACAAAAUAACACACCUAUCAAUAGCAAAUCUAUAUAUUACGUGAAGGUUCAGAAGAAAAAAGUAGUUCUGUACAAUUCACUAAAAUGCAUAUGAUCAUUAAUAUGGAUUUCAUUAGGUAAAGAUAAAAUUAAAGAUUAUUAAAGAUUGCAUGUCUCAAUCUAAUCAAUAAGAUAACAAUAUCGGUUGACAAUCAUUAAUAAUAUCCUUUAAAACUGAUAUAAAUAAUAUCUCGACAUGAGUAAUUUUGUAACACGUGUUUUUUUCUACUUAUUUUUAGCAAUCAGUCCGCUAUGCGUCAUGUCAAACACUGAUGUCUAUUUAAAUUAAACAACUACCGACACAACACAACCAACAACUUUUUAAAUUUAUAUGUAGUCCUUUUUACUAAGCAUACGUAUCUGUAAAUAUACAAGAUGAUUCAUUAAGCGUGCUUAUCCCAUUUUUUUAGUUAAAUUUUGUAUGCAUCCAAAUUCUGAUUUUGAAUUUAUAAAUGUAGUUAAAGCCGAAAUUUCGAAUACUUAGAUUUUUCUCAACAUCUAUGGUUUUUUUUAAACGAAAACUAUAUUGAAAAAUCCAUAAAUAGACGGAGAAUUACAUUACAUUAAAUACAUUUUGGUCUCAACAUUUUUGAUUUUCGUUGAUCCGUUAACGAGACAUUCCACUUUUAAGUUUAGGUAGAGGGAGAGUAAUGGAAAUCAUUUGUGUGGUGGCACUGCGCGCGGUAUUUUAUAAGUGCUCCACUAAUCUCCCCCCAGCAAAAACUUAAAAGUGAAAUAUCUCGUCAAUGGGUUGACGAAAAUCAAAUUUAACAAUUAAUUAAGUGCUAAGUAUAAUAUUUUAGAAGAAAAAAUCUUGGGAACAAUCAUGAAUGAAAUCAUUUCAUAAAAACAAAUAAAAAAGAACAAGAAUACAAUUAUCAGAAAAUCAUUUUUUUUAAGAAAACAAAUUUUGAUUUUUCACAGAAUCGAAUUUUAAAACGCUUAAAUACUUAUUAAAAACAUUUUAUUUUUGGUUUUAGCUGUACGUGAAAACUACCAUUAUACAAGAUUUAAAUAUGGUCUUAUAAAUGUAUUAAAAUAGUGUACAAAAUAUUGGUCUAUUAAUUUUGUGGAAAAUCAUUGGUUGAGGGAGAGGAGUGGUAGUCAGGGACAUGGGCACAAUUUUAUUUUAUACAACACCUAAUGUUAGUGUAUACCCUGUUUCAAAAGAGAACAUAACGCUUUAUAAACCAGUUUUUGUUCGGCGGCAUGCAUCCUCACCAGGUAGCACGACCAUAGACAUGUUAAAUAACAUAAUUUCUCAUCAUACAGCGAAAACGGUAUGUUCUCUUUUGAAAUAGGGUAUAGAUUUGCAAAUAGUUCGCAUUUAUAAAAUCUAGCUAAGCAAUAAAUGUUCCUCUACCCCUAAGAUUACCCUCUAACUAAUUUGUAAUUAUUUAAAAUUGUAAAAAAUAUUACUAAUAAAUAAAUAAAUCAUUAUUAUUAUUAACUAAUAGAACUAAUAUGUCUCAGUACAACAUAUACCCUUAAAACUAUUAUAAUAUAAUUUGUCGUAUAUAAUUUUGGCACCUAUGGGCCUGAAAUUGAAAUACACAAUAUAAAAUACAAUUUAAAAGAAUACAAAUUAGUAAGAUUACUCAUUUCUAUAAAGUAAAGGUAUUUAUAUUUUAUUGUAACUUGGAAUACUAUAUAAUUUAUUAUCUUCAUUUAAGUAACUAUAAAUUAUAAAUUACACACUUACAUAUUUUUCUUUUAUCAUUGUCAAUUACUUCUAUAAAAUGUAAAGAUAAUUUUACCGUUUUAUUCUAUUAAAUGAUUAAUAGAAUAUAACAUAUUGUUAUAACCUAUUGUAUUGGCGUAGGAAAAGUGGCGAGAACAUUACCCAAUUUACUGUAAACAUAUAUGACAAUAACCACAUAAGGGUCACACUAGUUUUUGCAGUAUACAAAACCUAGUACCGACAAUAGUUUGAUUGAUUGAUUGAUGAGAUAGGCAAGAAACAAGUUUUUAAAUCAAUUACAAUUGAAACCAAAGAUUUUAUGAAAUAACGAAUGAUAACGGGAUGAAGUUAGCCACAGAAUUAGGAUUUAGAGUUAUGGGUACAUUAUUUUCUAAUAAAGAUAUCUAAUGAAAAUUACCUGAUUGGCAUUAUUAUAAUAGUAAAUUAUAGGCUUAAAAAUAGUAUUAGGGAUAUUAGGAUGUAUAAAGGAGUAUUUGGUAAUUUGGAUCACAUUUAAUUAUUGGUAAAAUUAAUCUUAAAUUGAAAAGAAGAACACCAGCGUGCCAUACAUGUGUGGAAAGUAAUCGAACGAACUGUUAUGUUAACAAAGGAACCAUGUUACGGAAAAAGAAAAAUCAAACAUCGUAAUAGUACGAAACGCCAAGUGACGGAAUUUAAUACGUUUUGAACAAUAAUAUGACUGACCGUCAUAUAACUGAAAAAUUCACGUCAUAAAGCCUUGGAACGUACAAUUACGGAAAGUGAAACAUCAAACCAUAAAGUUAUGGAAUUUAAAAUCCUGGAAAGUAAAAUAACAUAAUGUAUAACGGUUCGCUGAUCUUGAAUCCGUUGCAUAAAUUGUAAAACAAUGGUUACGUAUACAAAAACUUCUUUAUUUUACAAAUCAAGAAUUAAAAAAAUUUUAAUACAAUAUAUUAUAUUCGACGAUAUCUAUCAUAAUGCGUGUAUGUUUUACGGAUGGGUUAUAAUUUUUGAUAGGGGGGGAGGGUGAGAUUUAUUUAUUUAUUAAUUUGAAGUGGUGUAUUUUUUUUUUUUGCAAUUUACGUUUAAAUUUGAUUUUAAAAUUCUUGUUGAUAAAAAAAAAAGUUGUCCGAUGAUUUUGGAAAUUUUACCACAUCUAUAUAAGUCCAAUAUAGUUCCAAGUAUUAUUACUAAAUUUUAAGUCUAUAUGCGUAUUUAUAACAGGAUAACAAUAAAAAACUCCAAAAAUUUAAAAUCCUUAAAAGCUCAAAAGUUUUGGCAAUGAUACCAUAAGAAAUAAAUCAAAAAGGAAACAAAAAAGGUGGCUUGUGAUUUUUCGAUUAAAUCAUUUUUUCUGGUAUAAAACGUCGUCCAUGUUUUUAUAAAAUAAUAAAAUCGUGAAAUUAUAUGUUUUCUUAAGUUUAUUCCCAUUUAAGUGCUUUUAUUUAAAAAAUGACGUCGAAAAUCAAAACAUAUUUUACAAAGUACAAUCUAGACAACUUGAGCUUUUAGGAAAGAUGCUACACGUAAAAAUCGGAGCAUGUUUACUAGGAAAAAGCGUCUCCACAAACUAGAAGAAAAAAAGAAAGAAACAAAAAUAAACAUCUAAGUCAAAACAAUAGCUCCUUUGCUACGCUCGGAAUCUAAUAUACGUAAAAAAACUUAAAAUUACUUAAAAACUUAAAAAAUUAAAUGUUAUAUAUUAAAUGUAGAUAAAUAACUCAAAAAUUACUAAAAGGAUUUGAAAAUUCUACUACGUCUAUGAAAAGCAAAUUUGAGUUUUCUACGAAUAUUUUGAACUGAAUCACAAAUCACAACACAAAAGCAAAAUUGAAAAUAUUAUAUUUCGUAAAUUUUUCCAUUUUUUUUCCCCCAAUUUUUGUAAAAACCCGUAAGAAAAUCAAAAAAUGACCUCCUCGCCCCAGUCCAAUUUCCUUUCAGAAAAUAUGUUACAUUUGAAAAUCUAAACAAGAUUUCUGGUAAAAGAGUUCUUUACAGAAAAAAAAUAAACAUCAUUGUAAAACCAACACAUUCCUCGUUUCGCUUAGAAUCUAAAAGAUACAUAAAUAAUACAGUAAUUAUAGAAGAAUAGCGUUUAUAAAUGUAAUGUAUAAAAUACUAUCAUACUAUAUUUUGGAUAGAAUCAAACCUGUAUUAGUAUUAGAUCUAUUAAUAUGUAUGUUAACAAUUAUGUGUUAUUUUCCAAUUAGAUAUAUUUACAAAUAAUUUUUUUAUGGUAAAAUAUUCAUAUUCUUCACCUUUAAAGCAAUUAUUUAAAAUUGUUUGAAAAGUAAUACAAACAUAAUAUUAUAAAAGUUUUAACUAACUUUAGAUUACUGUAUCUUAAGUAAUUCAUUAGACAAAAAUUUGUAUUGAUCAAAAUUGCUUAAAAAAAUAAUAGGAUUAUUCGUUGAAAAUAAGUUUUGCUAUUCAAAAAAAAUGAUAUGUAUUACACAUAUCGUAUACAGUUAAAAGAUUAAAAACUGAAUUUAUACUAAAAUAUGUAUUUCAGUAUUGAUAUCACUUUUCGAAAACGUAAUUUAAAUCCAAAAUUAUUGUCUGGUCAAAAUAUUAAUGCAACCUAGAAACGUGUAGAUACAUACUAAAACAUAUUAUUCAUAAUAAUUUACCUGAAAAAUCACCACGAAGAAAUUUAAUGUACCUUCUAACGGGACCUAAAAUAUAUAGGUUAAUAAAUUUGUUUAGCUUAUUAAUACGUUAGUACUUAGUGUUGACUAAUACAAUUUUAUUAUUCACUAGUAGUUUUUGCAUAAUAUAUGCAUUAUGUAAUAUCAUCAAAUACAUUAAAAAUAAUUAAGAACUCAAAUAAAAAAAAAGUAUAAAAUUGUGAGUAUCUACUUAUUGAUCAGUCACUAAUACAACGAGGUUAGACAAUGUUAUGUAAUAUUGUACAAGAACACGUUACUAAAUGAAAUAUCAAUUUUUAAUAAAAAAAAAUAUAUUAAAUCAGAAUCAAAAUGUAAAUUUAAUCAAUUAAAAAUAGGACAACACAUCCAAAUAAAAAACUAAAAAAACUAAUUACCAGUUAGUAAUUCAACCUCCGUAGAAUCUAAAAUAAUAUAAAACAAAUUAAAUAAUUAUGUAUGUAAAAAUGUAUUUAUUCAGUAUAAUAAUCAAAGCAAUAGUUUUUUAAAAUGUAUAUAAAUAAUUUAAUUUAAACGUAAACAUUUAAAUAUUUAAAAUUAAAUGUAUACAAAGUACCUAAUAAACUAUUUUACAUAAAUAACAUAAAUUUAAAAGUAAUAAAAAUAAAUAUAUUAAAACUGAAGUAUCGAAGUUGCAUGAAUUCGAAUGAGUAAAACAACUCUAGUUUUUCACUAAUUGGACUAAUAAUCUAGAGCCUAACCAAUCGCUAAUAUAAAAUAUUUAAGCAUUUUUUUCAGCACUUAUUUUGAUGAUUAUACUUAAGAGUUAUAAGUCCAAAAACCCUGGUCAUGACCAUUGUCGUGAUAAUCACAUUAUCUAUAGGUAUUAAUUCUUCUGUCGGUUAUUUUCACUCUUGUGAUUUUACCCUUUUACCAUGAUCUGUUAUCAGAGCCGCAUUUAGGGUGGUGCUAUUAGUGUGUCCAGUGCAAUCCAGUGCAAUUUCACUGGAUGACAAAUUUAUGUAGGCGGUCACAAAAUCCAUCCUGUUUAUCGUAUUUUAUUGCACGAUUAGAGUUUUGCUAUCGUACAUUGUACAUCACUCUGAAAUUUAGUCUAAAUUAUCGUAUCUACUCGUAAGAUAAAAACUGUAUGUCUGGCGUACCUCUAUAUAUUUUAUAAAAUAUCAAAUAUUUUAUUUAAAUUAAUAUUAUUUUUAUAAAAAAAAAUCAUGAUAUAAUAUAGGAUUUUCUUAUUUAAACUAUUAAAUACUUGUUUCUAUAUUUUCAAAAAAUGUAAAUAUUCAAAUCUGAAUAUUAGGAGUGUGGAUUUUUUUACAGUUGAAUAUUUUGUCCCUGGAUAUUUUAACCUAGAUUCAAACUAACAAUUAUGAAAAAAUAUUAUUAUUAUUAAUUUUUGUAAUACAAUCCCUGUGUUGUACGGGUAUCUAUAGUAAUAGCAUAUAAUGCUAAUUUAUCUAUUAACUUUAUUUAGAAACUUUUUUAUUGCACGGGGAAAGCUGGGUGAAACAGCUUGUAAUGUAUAAAUAAUAAAUCACUAUAUAAACUACACUAUUUUUAGUUAAAAUGCAUAUGUAUACAAUUUUUUUUUUUUAUGGGGUUGACCUCCCUUAAUAUUGCCUCCUCCUGAGGGAAGUAUUAAACACGCCGCUGCCACUGGUAGCAGUUAACACAGCAACUUGGAACCUUUUUACUUUCAGUUUGGAUUAUAAGAUAUGGAAACAAUAAAAAUUAAACACAUAGGCGACUAUGUUUAAAUCAAAAACGUUUGCAAAAAUAGAAAGCGAGGUAAACUCCUGAAGCUACGUAAUCCCUGCAUGACGCAGAUGCUAACUCACAUCCAAAAUGAUGAGCUCAAUAAACAACUAAAGUAACUAAAUCACAACUAGACGCCAAUAUCGAAAUGCACGGGAAUGCAUCGUCACUAGCCAUUUUAAACAUUUAAAAACUACUAUAAUCCGUCAUAUGACGUGUAUAUCGGCUAUAAUUUUCAUAUUUAAAUUAAUCAUAAUAAUAAUGCUAAAAUGUAUAAUAUAUCCUUGUUAACCGAAUCAACAACCUUAACUAAGUUAGUAUUAGUAACUAUACGGACGGACGGAUGGAUAAAUAUAAAGGGGACAUAUUAUUAUAUAACAACUUAACUUAUGUUUAGAAACCCAAAAUCCAAUAGUUGAAUACUCACCCAAUUGUUUAGCAAUUUGUUGACAUUCAUCCAGAUUUUUAGCUUAUGUAAAAAAUGAAUAUAUUUUAAUAUUACCUAUUUUAUUUCUAUAUAAUUUAUUUAUACAGAGUAACCAACUAACCAUAUGAAACUCAUUAUUUCGAAAAGUAUCAAUAACCCCCCCCCAAUUAUAAAAAAUCUAAUUUUGCCCAUGUUUUGUGGUGAAAUCAUAAUCAAUUUUUGAUUUCAAAGUUACAACCUUGAUAACAAAUUAUAUUAGUUGAUAAGGUUCUAGUUGAAAUAAAUUCUGGUAGUAAGAUUUUAUCAAACCAUUAAUGAUGUGCCACUUUUAUUUUUAAGUAAAAAAACAAUAGUAAAAUAUCAUUUAUGUCAUCUUCAUCUUGAUAUACAUCCACUGCUCCUAACCUUUAUCGAAAACAAAUUUUUACCAUAAGGUGCACUUUUUUCUAACUGUAAACAAAUUUAGACCAGAAAAUUUGCUCUAAUUAUUAAAACCACGGUCGAUGUCUGGUAGAAAAUAUUAUUUAUUUAGUUUGUACACCGAGCCACAUAGCGGGUAGAGUUUUCCUUAUACAUUUCUUAAUAAUGAAAAAAACCCAAGAAAAAACCUUCGAUAAAACAGGAAUAUUUAUGAGACAAUUUUUUCUAUUAAAUUCAAUUUUGAUUUUUUUUUUUUUAUUGUUAUUUAAUGAUAAAUAAUCAUAGAUAUUUGAUAUUUUCAUCAAAAACAAAUCAAAAUUUCAGCUCGAUCUCCUAAAUUUUGAAUUAUUAAGAGUUCAUUAUCAAUGAUUCACAAUAUAAACUAUAUACUAAAUCAUCCAUUCACUCUAAUACUUUACCAUCCCAACUUCCCACCUAUAUAAUACCGACUUAUCUAUGAGCGAUAUUCUACCUUUUAUUGUAAUAAUAAUAAUAUUACACUGAUACAAUUGUAAUAAAAUAAAUUUAAUUAUGAUGGUCAUAUAAAUAAAUCAUCAGCUUAAACAAAUUAAUUUCCAAAUAAUUGAAUGUAAAUAUGUAUAGUAUUAUCACUUGAGUGGUGAUACAUCAGUAGCGCAACAAAGCGAUUAGUGGUCUGAACCUCCCUUAGAACGUGUUAUAGUAUCAUAUUAUAUAAUAUUAAUGAUAGUUAUAUUAGGUUUAUUACGAUAAUUCAUAUGAGUUAUCAUCGCGAUAAUAAGCCUGUCACUACAUCGAACUUUUCUGACUCUACAUAACUUGGAAUUUCGACCCAAGCACACAAUUAUUCUAAUAAUUCUUUUUUAUAUCCAAAUUACCUUAUUACCCAUAGUCAUUCUCUAUUCACUGAUUUUUAUGCAAUCUUAAAUGUCCACUAAUGGUAAAUUUAUGUCUUUGUCAAACUUGUAAUUUUUUCGAAUAUCUGUUUGACUACAUAAAUAUUAGUUUUAUUAAUAAUAUUGAUAUUAAAUAAAUAUUAUAUAAAGUUUUCAAGAACUUUAUGCUUGGCUUUUAUCUAUUGAGUCGAACACUCAAUAAUACUUUGUACAAGGUAUUGGUAUAUUUUUUGUUUUGUGGUAUUAUUUUUGAAUUAUUACAAAUAAAUUAUGAAUGCAAUGUAUGUAUGAGUGACAGGAAUACGGUUUUCACCGUAAAACUUAUACAAAAAUUGUGCAUGUAUUAUACGGUUAUGAUGGUUUUUUAGUAUUGGAUCCCUCCUCCUCCUUUGAAUCCAAUUUGCGCCACUUUGCAUUAAUAAAUUUAUACAUCCAUUUUAUUACUUACCUCUGCAAACAGGAUCAUUCAAAAUUUUGUCUGUUUGGGAAUACACGUAUAAUAUUAUACAUUUUUAAUGAACUACAAUAUAAUAUUUUAUUCAUACAUGAUUUAUUAAUAUACAAUAUUGAAUCUGACGAAAAUUGAUACCUAUAACUAUACAUCGGUUUAUGAAUUAUUUGAAUAAGUAUCAAUAAUAUAUAAUAUUUUUUUAUUUAUUUAUACAAUAAUAAUAUGUAUGAUCGUUUUUUUACAAUAUCCUGUAAACAGUGUUAGCGCGGUUAUUUGUAGUCCUCUUCCCAGUGAGUAAUAUAAAAAACAAACAAAAUUUGGUUAUCUUUAUUAUCUCCGGAGAUAUUCAAGGGGCAGAAAUACGAUUGAGGACGAUCAUUAUCGUCGAUAUCUUUUUUAGACCUUUUUGACUAUCACGAUUGAGAACGCUCGGUUUUUAUAAUUCCUCUCAACGUUGCCAAAUAUGUAGUUAUCUGAAAAUGCAACCAAUCAAAAAUACAUAUUUAUUGUACUGUAAUCGAGUUUAAUGAUUACCUUUUGUUGUUUGAAAUGACAUAUAACUGAAUCCAUCAAUAAUGAUAAUCUAUAUAAAUACAACGAUAGCGAAUUGUUUGCAACGAAUAAUCAAAAUAUACACAUUAGUGCAUUACUCAGUGUGUGGUUUCCCGUAUUAUACGUUUUAUGUGCGAAAUACUUUACGUUAAUACUUAAAUAAAAUGUAAAAUAACUAAGACUCAUAUCCUCUGAACGCUGUGAAAAUUGAAUUGUUUUAAACUCCCGUAAAUACCGUUUUAUAGUAAAUUUUGCAUACGUUUUUCAUAAUUUAUUUACAAGUUUUGACUUGAAUACAGUUCGACAAUGUUGCAUAUAAUUUCGUUCUCAAUAGUACUGUUUUUUGGGGUCAACGACCCCAUUUCAUUGUUCCAUUUCGAGCGUUCUCAAUCGUACGCUAAAAAAUAUCGAACGUUCUCAAUCGUAUUAUAUCCAUUCAAGGGGUAUGGGAGUUACCCGUUUCCGCCAAAAAUGUACCUUUUCCCUUUUCGCCAAUUCUCAUUUCCUCCAAAUCAUACAAUUUUUCGAUUCCCUUUUCCGCCAAAAUCUUACCUUUCUGUUUUCCGCCAAAUAAAAAUAUUUAUUUUAAUAUUUGAAUAUUAAUGGAUGAUUAUUUCAUAAAUUAUUAUUAUUGUAUUAUAAAAAAAAAUUGUAAUAAUAAUAAUACAAAUAAGUGUAAACUUAUACAAUAAUAAACAAAAUUAAUAUAUUUUUGAUAUUUUUUGUGCAAAAUAUUCUGGUAAGAAAAUCGAUAUGAGUACCAACAAUCUCAUCAGGAAUUAAUUUUGUUUGUGUGCCACUGAAAUGCAUUUAUUAAGUAAAUAAUUAUUUGUAUAUUUACUGUUUACCUCGACAUGACAUUUGAAUAACUAUAUAUGUAUAUGGUUAAAAAAAAAAUUAUUCGAAUUAUAUACCGUUUAAUUAUUAUAUUAUUAUCUAUGGGUAUUGGAUAAGAAUGUAAGCAUACAAAUAUCCAAUGCUCAAUGGAAAUUUAAGAAUGCUGUUUUUGAGUAAUAUUUAAUUUUAUGAUAAUGAUGGUUGUCAACAGUUUUCAAAUGCAUUUUCCCCUAAUUCUAUAGUUUUGUCUGAUUGAAAAAAUAGAUUUUUUUUAUUAUUAUUUUAGGACUUAUAAUUUUUUUUGAAUUUACCUAGUUUAAAAAUAUAAUUUUGGCGUGAAUUCAAAUGUGUCUUACUAAACAUCAGGUAUACUUAGGUUACCGUACUGAUAAGAAUAUAAUAAUAACGUUAUUAAUCUGAAAUACAUGGUAAAGUAUGAUUUAAUUUAGUAGUAAACCAUUAAAACAAAAACCAGGUAAGAUACAUUUGAUUCCCGCCAAUACCAAUCGUCUUGAAUGCUUUUCAAUUUAUUGAUUUUUAAACUCAAUUUGUGAAGAAUUAAAAAGUCAGAAUAAAAAAAAAAUACAUCCUAGAAUAAUGGAGACGGGUGCAAUCACUGUUAUAGAUAAUUUAAUGCAUACCUGUAAGCAACGAUAAACCAUUGCUUACGAAAAAAUGAUUCUGAGCGAAGUUCAGUUGAUAGUGAUUUUUUGUAAACAAUAUAUAUGUCAUAUUAUAGAAAAAUAAUUAAAUAGGCAUUAUAUAUUUUUUUUUUAAUAAUAUUUGUUUAACGAUGUACCGAUUUUUCCAGUUUUCCUACGUUUUUCCCGGUUUUCCCAUGUUUUUGUUUUAUCCCGGUUUUUCACGUUUGCUGAUAAAACUCUUGAGAAAAUUAAAAAAAUUCCUCUCUAAAGUACCUUCCUUGUGAAAUUUCCUUUUGAAAACAUUGCAAAUAAUAUUUAAUUUUAUAAUAAUCAUAGGCGUGUCUACGGUAGCAGCCUAGGGUGCCUGGAAUGUCCCUGCAAAAGAAAUCGGUCAACCGAAUUUCAUAUCUAGUGAAGGCUUACAAUUUUAAUUUAAAAAAAAAUGUAUUAUGCAUUAUCUAUAACAAAAUAUUAUUUUCUAUCAGUCUAUCAUUUUUAUUAUUCUAUUUAUUGCAUCUAUUCAAUUUACUAUUACAUCAUAUAUUUUGUUAAUUACUUAAUUAUAUGGUGGUGUAAUCCGGGCCUAUACAUAAAUAUUUCUGCAGUUCAAUUUAAAUGUACAGAAAGUACUGUACAUUAUUAAUUUUAAAUAGAUAAUACAGAUUUUUGAAUUAUAUAAAUUUUUAAUUGGGGGAACUAACCUCCCCCCAUAUUCAAAGGGGACUUUUUCGGUUCAUUAAGUUACGCCGAUUAUUUGUUAGGCUGCCGCUAUGAAUGAAGUCUAUUCACGCUUAUGAUGAUAAUAGUCAGUACUCGGUAUUACACACGAUUUAAGAUGGACACUAUCUUAAAUCGUGGUAUUGCAGAACAUAAAACAAUAGAUUUUAUCUAAUUUGCUAUAAUUUGCUAAUAAACUAUUUCUUAUCAAUUAUUACUUGUUUAAAAUAGUGUAAAUAGAGUGAUUGUGUCUUAUCAUUCUAUCUCAAUCUCAGAGUUACUUUAACUUUAGAAAGACGAAUUAUUAGAAUUACUGAUUUUCUUAACUCGUAUAAUGAAUUUUUUUAUGUAAAAAUAUUAACAAUGUGACUAAUGUGAAGUGCUGCACUUACUUAUAAUUUCAUGAUUCUGCUCCACAGACCCACUCAUAAAUCUCGUUUUUAACAUUGAUUUAGUUUUAGAAACGAAGAAAACAUAUACAAUUACAAUAAAAAACCACUUUUAAUGUUCAUAACUAUCAGAAUAUCAGAUACUCUCCCCUUAUCUGGUAUACUAUUUUAAAAGCAUUUUUAUUGGACUUUUAUCAAUCAAAAAAAGAAUUUUUUUCAAAAAAACCCGCGUCUUUUUUGGAAUUUCAUCCGAAAAAAUAGACAUUUUCUUUCCAUUAUGAAUCUACGCGGGAGGCCAAUCCCUGACUUCUAGGAAACUUAUUCUCUAAUAAUUUAAAAUUUGUCUCACUCUUUGUCGAAUUAUUAUCACCAUAACCACAAAUAUAUAAUGAAGACAAUCAUAUGAUGUAUAAUUUACUCUCCUCUCUUUGUUAUAAUUUUUUCUCUAAUAGAUUCCUGAAGAAUGGAUUCCCAUGAUUUUAUACACUUUCGCGAUACAAUGGCAUGGUCUUUUUGUCCAUUUUUCAAAAAUUGAUACUAUAAUUGGUACUUUCUUAUUCAAAAUAAGUUUUUGCUGGCUCUAUUAAAUCUGGUAGCUCAUAAAAGGUUGGAAACUACCAUCCCUAAGCUAACCUCUCUCACAUUUAAAAACUCUGCAAAUCUCUAGCACUUCGUAUAUUGUAAUCCUUUUUCAAUAAAAACUAUCACUUGCAGUCUAAUCUUUUCAUUUUUAUCAUGGAGUUUCUUCUCAGACAAUCACAAGUUAAUGAUAUUUAUACGAACUAUACCAAACCACUCGAUCUGUGAUGAUAAUAGUUUUAGGUUUUGAGUGCUAGAGUACAGAAAAGUUAUGGUGGACAGGUCCUUUAUAUCUAUUAGAAUCAUCCAAUAAAUGGCCGAUGUCACCAGUUAAUCUACCAGACAAAAAGUACGCAACACGAAUACCGACAGGCGGUUUUAUUGUUCAAAAGUGCAACUCCAAUCAAAGACCUGAUGAACCGGCAUUCUUCCUUGGAAAAACUUAUGCGGAACAUCGCUUAUUGGCUCCAGGUUAACCGGUUAUGUUCAGUCUUCCUUUGGACCACCUUCAUUGGAGCGGAUGAAGUUUCCGAUGCAUUAGGUGCCCUCACAUACGUUGUGAAACAUGCAGUAUAUGCAAAAUAAAUUUCAAGUCUGUUAGCAGGCAUGUCUAUCCAGUCAAUCUGCGCUGAUUUGACCAAAUUUUGCCGAAAAUGGGUUAGUCAAAGAAGAUGGUUGACUUAAUAAUAAGGAUAUUCCUUACAAGCACAGACAUCUAGAUCUGCAGCCCUCAAGUCAUAAUUACACAGACCUUUUAAUUGACUACAAUCAUUACAGAUUAAAACAUCUGGGAGCUACAGCUUUGCAAGCACAUUUGCAACUCGAACCCUGGAUCCAGUCAGCGAGACGAUCCAUUCAAUCCAAAUUAAGAUUGUGCAUCCCGUGUUUCCAAACCAGACCCGAAAACACUGAACCAAAAAUAGCACCAUUACCUAAAUUCCUGGCACAACAGGUAAAACCGUUUGUCGAAACUGGAGUAAACUACACUGGACCAAUAUCUCUUAAUAUCUCAAUAACUCUGUUUAUUUUAGAUUCUGGGUGGAACAAAGAAACUUAUAGUUUUACAAAGAUAUUAAUUUUUUUUUCUAUCUGUUAACAGCUUUUCUACCAGAAAACUUCCUCGGAUUUCUACACGUAGCACCUUUUCUGAAAGGAAAUUUUCUCAACAAAUGUGAAAAACCAAAAAGAUCAGGAAAAUAUAAGACAUAGGUAUUUGUUAAAAUAUAUUACGGCUUUCUUUUUUUCUGUGAACAAUUUUUCUACCAGCAAUUUUGCUCCAACUUAAAAAGAAACUCUAAAUGAAAAUUUCACUGGAGAAGUACUUUAGAAAUAUCAUUUUUCGAUUUUCUAAAGAGUUUCCCAGAAAAUGUGAAAAACCGGGAUAAAAUCCCGGGGAAAAUAUAGAGAAAUUGAGAAAAUAGUACAUUAUUAAAAUAUUAUUAGAGAAAAUAUAUAAAGCCUGUUUAAUUAUAUUACUAUAAAAUUACAUAUUUAUUGUUGACAAAGCAUCAAAAAGAAUCAACUGAACUCCGCUCAGAAUCGUUUUUUCGUAAGCAAUUGUUUAUCUUUGCUUACAGAUAUACAUUUAAUUCCCGUUUGUGUUAAGUUAUCCUCCCUACAUCGAUUUCUUUUCAAAAAAGGUGCUACACGUAGAAAUCCGGUCCAGUCUUAAAAAUAAACAUCUUUAUAAAACUAUAAGCUUCUUCGCUCCACUCAGAAUCUAAAAUAUUAUAAGAUAUUAUUAAUAUAAAAUAAAAAUUGCGCUUGCAUCAGCCAGUCGCCGCAUCACGGUCGGUGUUUAUAUUGUUUUUAUUUGGCGUUUACCAUUAUAAAUCACAAUAUCUCAUGAAAUAGUAUUUAUAAAAAAAAAAAGAUACUUUUUUUAGGAAAUCACUUGAUCCACAAAUUAUGUAACACUAUUUUAAUGGAAAUACUUAAAGUUUAAGAAAUAUGUGAAAAAAUCUAUUUUCAUGAUCAUUAACCUUGAAUAAAUUAUGUAGUAGCAGUGGGAUCGAUGGGGACUUUUGAUAUUUUAUUCAUAAUGAUUUUUUGAGGUGUGUACCACUUUUCAGCUCUAUGUGAAUUAUUCCAAAGUUGAAUGUUCAUUUUAACUGGUCUAUAAAUAUCAUGGUAUUUUUAAACAUGUUUAAUUAAACUUUAUUCAGAAUCUUAUUUUUUUAGCAAUGAUUUAUCAUUGAGUAUAGAUAUAAACUCUCAACUCUCUAAUUUCAACUGUGGUCAAUUUACAUACCUACCUACAGUAUCAUCUCUUUUCUUUUUUAAUUUUGGCAAUGGAGCUGAUACCUAACGUUUUACUUAAUGCUCAGCUUCUUUUGUAACUAAGUAGAUUUUUUAUAGUAUAGGUACUUACCUCUUAAUUUUGUAAUUUGUGUAUCCUCGACUUCCGGUUCUAGUAGGAAAUUGAACAGAUAUUAAAAUAUUUUUAAUACAUAAUCAUAUAUACAGGUUUAUUGAUGAUCAAAAUUGCUACAAAACCAAGAGAAAAACCAAAACUAAUAUACUACUGGCACUAGCAUGACCAAUACCAAUAUUAGGUUUGCAAGGUCAAAACCAAAUUAAUACCAACGCUCCAAGACCAUCACUGCAAGACUUUUGCAAUUUUGUUUUUCUUCCGAAAAUACAUUAGUAGAUCUAGAUUUAAUUAACUAAUUUAUAACGAAAAUAAUAGGAUAUCAUCUUUUUAUUAAAUUUUAUCGGUGUUUCCAGAAAAUGGAGAAUUAUUGAAAAAAAAGAUUGGAAAUAAUUGGAAUUAACAUUACUAAACAAUAUAGUUAUAUAAUUUUGUAAAUUGUGUGAAAAAAUAAAUUAGAAGGAAAAAAAAUAUUGAUGAAAAACAGAAAUACAUCUUGGCUAGAAAAGCAUUUAUUGUCGAUGCAUAAGAAAGAGACUGAAAAACUCUUUCCUAAAAAACUGAUCUAACUCAACCUACUGUUAUUUAUUAAAAACGUAAUAAGAACUUAUAAAAUGAUAAAGCUGAUAAAUUAAAUUGCUGUUUAAAUUAUAUUUAUAUUCAUUAAAUAUGAAUUUAAACCUAAUUUACAAAGUACUGAAAUACAAAUUAAAUUGUUUGGUUUGUUUCAUGUUUAUGUUUGAAUUAUUAAUAUAUAUAUUAGACUUAUAAAAUUGAAUUUUAGAAGUCGUACCAAAAAAUCUAAAAGAGUAUAGCAGGUAUUUUUUUUUUUUAUACACUUUGUGAAAAUCAGUAGACUUGCGCAAGAUCAAGAACAAUACCAAAACUGACUCUUCAAUACCAAGAUUCUGGAAUUCUUGGUCUCGGUCUUGUUUUGACCAUCACUUAUACAAGUUAUUGAGUGAGAUUUUUUUUACGGUACUAUGAUUAUCUAUGCAGAUUUUGAGUAUAAAUAUUAUUUAGGUUUUUCCUAAACAUUAUAGAAUCGUUUAAUGAUCUUAUUUACAGUAUUUUCAAAAAGGUUCUAAAGCUUCUUAUCAUAUUUGUAAAUAAUAUCUUUAUUAUUAUUAUUUACCUGGAGUAUUUGUAUUGAUUACUACAUCUAUAUAUAAUUUUAAAAAAAAAUACAAAUUUCAUUUUAUUAAUAUGUUUUAUAAUUUGUUAUAAUAUUCAAAAAAAUGGGAUACAUUUUAGAUAUGUACAAAAUAGCUACUAUAAAAGCAAUUACGUAGAGCUACCAAUUGAAAAGAUCUCUUAAAUAACAGUUCUUAAAUCUUUAAAAUAAGUGAAUUAUAAUAUCGUUUGAUAUCUGGUUAUAAAUUAUAAUAAUAUAUAAUAUAGUUACUGGUUUAAUUAUUAUUCUUGAUCAUCUGUUGCUAUUUACCAGUUAAGCACUUAAGUGUAUUGAUAUUAUAAAUACAAGUAUUAUAAUACCUACUCACACAUAAAUGAGUAUUCUAAAAAAUUCUCGUUAUUUUGUAAAUAUAAAACCAUAAAUACCGAUUAUAAUAUUUUGAAUUGAAGAAAGAUUUAUUUAUGACUUAAGUUUUAAUAAUGCUAUUCAUAUAACUUACUUUUACUUUUUUUCC